AUGGAGCGAGAGGCCGGUGGCGGCGGCGGCGGCGGCGGCCCGGAGGUGUUUCUUUUCUCCGCUCGAGGGUCGGGGCUGCGCCGGCUGAGGCGCUUCUGGGGCUCCCGCGUUGCGGGGCGGCGGUGGCGGAGUUCCAACGCCCGCCUCUCGCUGAGGCCAAGCGCCUCACAGCAGCGGGCGGGCCGGAGGCUGGGCGCCCACCGUCCGUCCCGCUUGGCGUUGGUUUGCGACUACAGUUCCCAUGAUUCCAUGCCCUGGGGCCACGCUGGCUGACGGGAGUUGUAGUCCGCCGUGCGCCCUCUUUCAGGAGCUCCGCGCAGAGCAUGUCCCGACCGAAGGGGGGAGGGGCGCACCUUUCUCCUUCAACCCGCCUCUGCAGAUUGUUGAAGGCUCUUCAGGCCCUCCUAAUAAGCAUUCACUUAAGUCUUCAGUAGUUCUGUCCUGCACUGAUUUUUGUUUAAGCAUUCUGAACAGAUGGUGAUGCAUUCUUUUAAUUAUACUUUAAGAAAGGCCUUUAAUGAUAUUUUCUUCUCCCUAGGUUCACGAACAAGAACAUUAUUGUGAAAUACGUCAACUAAUUGUUCAGCAUGAGGAAGAAAUCAGAGAGUUGCACACUAAAUUAAAGGAGCAACAACAGUUGCUACAAAAAAUGGAAGCGACACACAAAGAAGAGAUGCAGCAAGCAGAGGUACAAUAUUAACUACAGCAAUAAUUCAAAGGUCCUUUGCUGCUGCAAAUACAUAUGAAAUAGGUCAUUUAAAAUAAGUGAACACAGGGAAGAUUAUAAACUGAAUUCUAAACCAAUAUCAUUUUUAAAAAAAUAAUCUGUCAAAUGUUCACAGUUAUUUGCCUAUAGAAUCAGAAAUGCAGAGUUCUAAGGAAAUAUGAGGAUCAGCUGGUCCAACCUACUGCAAUGUAGGAAUCUCAGCUAAAGCAUCCAUGACAGAUGGCCAUCCAACCUCUGCAUAAAAAACUUCCAAUGAAGCAGAGUCAAUCACUUUCCAAGGGAUUCCAUUCCAGUCUCUGGAGCAGGGGAAAACAAGCUUGCUCCAUCUUUCAUGUGACAAUCCUUUAGUAUUUGAAGAUGGCUAGCAUAUCUCCUCUCAGUGUCCUCCUGUCCAGGCUAAACAUAUCCAACUCCCUCAACCGUUUCUCUUAAGGCUUGGUUUCUAGACCCUUGAACAUCUUGGUUACUUGCCUCUGCACCCAUUCCAGUUUAUCAAUAUCCUUCUUAAAGUGAGGUCCCCAGAAUUGGACACAAGACCCCAGGUGUGGUCCAACCAAGGUAGAAUAGAGUGGUACUAUGACUUCCCUUGAUCGGGACACUAUACUUCUGUUGAUGUAGCCCAGAAUAGCGUUAGCCACCAUCCAUCCUUCAACUGCCUCUAGACACUCACAUAGGACGUUCACCGCCUUCACUGUUUCUGAUUUAAAUCGGAGGUAGAGCUGGGUAUCAGCAACAUACUGGUGAACACCAAGCCCCAGCCCCCUGAUGACCUCUCCCAGCAGCUUCAUAUAGAUGUUAAAAAGGAUGAGGGAAAUGAUGGAGCCCCAAGGAACUCCACAAGUGAGUGCCCAGGUGUCCAAAUCCUCACCCUUCACACCAUUUUCUGGACAUAGCUCAGGGGAAGGCGCGGAACCAUUGCAUAACAGUGCCUCCAGCUCCCAAUCCCUCUAAACAGUCCAAAAGGAUACCAUGGUUGAUGGUAUCAAAAGUGACUGAGAGAUCAAGCAGAACCAGGAAGCUGCUUACACCUCUGAACCUAGCCUGCCAAAGAUUAUUGACCAAUGCAACCAAGGUGGUCUCAGUCCCAUGAUAGGGCUGGAAUCCCAAUUGGAAGAGAUCCACAUGGUCUGCAUCUUCUGGGCAUGCUUGGAGCUGUUCAACGACCAUCUGCUCAAACAGCUUGCCCAGGAAUGAAUACUGGGUGAUAACUGGCCAUAAUGGCCAGGUCUAAAGAUUUUUUUUUAAAGAAGCGGUUUAAUAACCACUUCUUUAAGGGGGUCCAGGAAGACUCCCUCACAGAGGAGAGCAUUCACCACUCCACUACAGAGCUCAUUGGCCAGCCUUGUCUGGCUUGCUUUUAUGAGCCAGAAUGGGCAAGGGUCCAGGAGACAGGUGAUCACUUGUCAAAGAAGCCUGUCCACAUCCUUAGAGGUAAUUAUUAAUAAGCUGAAUAAAGAUACCUUCCUUACUGUCUAGUAAAAGUCACUAUCAUUGUGAUUUGGGAAAGGUGCUUUAACAUUAACUUGCAGUACCUCACUUGUCACCAUCACUUUGCCCCAUUGUUAAAAGUGGAAUCAUGGUUUGAGGGAAAUUAGGGUACUAACUAAGCCUGGCCCCUUUCCUUGAUGUUCACCUUUUCUGGUUCCUGCAGAAACAUAAUUCAGUGCCACGUGACAUCCCUGGUGCAAGGAUGUCCAGCUGGCAAAAGUGAGCCAUAGGAUUGCACUGUAAUAAACUGAAAGUAAUUGCAAGCAGGGUUAUGGGUUUCAAUUAUUGUCUUUCUUGACUGCAGGCCCUUCAUAAUCUUAAACUGGAAGCUUUAAGGCUAAGUUCAAAUAACACACACACAUCCCAGUUGGAACUGAUGCAGACUAAUCUGAGAAAAGAGAAAGAAACUGCCCUCAUGGAGUUGCGUGAGAUGCUCAACGAUAAACAUGCUCAAGAAGUAGCAGUUCUACAAGGUCAAUACCAUUUUGAGCUGGAGCGUAUUAAAGAACAGAGUGAUAAGGAAAAAGAAGAAAUGGUCGUGAAACAUCUAGAUGCCAUGGGUAAUCUACCUUGUAGUUUUCAGCCAAAAUAUUGCAAUCCAUAGAAUACUAGCACAGACAUUUUGAUGUUUUAUUCAGUGCUGUUUGAGAGCAAAAUAAAUGUCAAUUUUAAUCAUAGCAGAUAAUACUUUGAAAAUGAUUUAAUAAUAUACAGAGAUUAUAUAAAAUAUAAAAUUAAAUUCUAUAAUUUAGAAGUACAUAAUGCUUUUUGACAAGUGUGCUGUAAGAAAAGCUUUUUAUGAAACGAAAAACCCUCUGCAAAUUAUGUAAAAACAAGUCAUUUUAAUAAGCAUAAAUAUGCAAAUUCAGAAUAUUUGUAAAAGUGAGGGCGGGGAGCCAUAAGAACAAAGGAAGAUGCGGGGAAGGUUAUAUGAAGUGUGGAAGUUAAAGAGUAGAUAAUUUUUCUUUGAUAUUUUGAAAUUGUUAUUUAUAUUAGCUGACAUGCCAAAUAUAUUUAUGCAGUGGCGACAAAUUUGAUGUUUCAGAUAAACAGAAGAAGGAAAUAGCUCUGGAAAUGGAGAAGACACACACCCAGCUCUUAGAAGUAUUGUGUAUAAUUUAUUGUGUUUAAAUAUUUUCUUUUUAAAACUGGAUUUUUAUAUGAUGAAAAUUCUUUGAUUUACAUUACAGUUCCUCAGACUGUUCUCUCUCUCUCUCUCUCUCUCUCUCUCUGUGUGUGUGUGUGUGUGUACACACACACACACACACACGUGUUCCCUUUCUUAAAAUGUAGGAAUUGUGUGUACAUGCUAUCUUGCAUGGCUAGAUAUCCAAACAUGCUAAUACAAAUGCACUAACAAACUAUUGAUCAUGCAUCUUUAAAAUAAGAUCAUAAAAGUGAAUGUAAAGGCUAAUUUAAUGGUGGCAUCCAGUGUUCUUGCUGAAUGUUGUAUGAAAACAAGUGGCAGCUGCUAAAGAGAUCAUGAGAUAAAAGCAGAGAUGUUAGUUUCUUUCUGAAAAAAGAGUUGCUUGAACACACAUGGACUAUUGGGUAGGUCUUGUCCAGGAAACCCACUUCAUUUUUGCAAAGGCUCAACAAGUAGCAGCUGGGACUGACAAGUAACGAAAGUUAAAAGCAUUUAAAUUGAAAGAAUGAUUGUUCCUUUAAUUUAAAAGGCUAUGGAUUUUUCAGGAUACUGUGUGGCAAUUUUCAAUGUUAGACUUCAUUUUCUUUCAGAAUCUUAAAAGAGGAUGUGCAUCAAAUACAGACCUCACUUUAAAAAACUUGCAUGAAGAGUUAUCUGUGAAACAUCAGAUUGAAUUAAAUGAGAUGGAAAGAACCCUAAAUGCAGCAACUGAAGAAGUAAAAAGAAAGUUGAAGAGUCUUUCUCUUGAAAAAGAGCAGGUUGAAAGUAGGUAUUCUGAGAAGUUAUUAUCAUUACUUUUGGGCGCAAGAAGCAGUAUUUCAUCUGCCUCUAAAAAAGUAGGUGCUUUCCCACUCUUGCCAAUAGAAUGACAGCUGCAUCAAUUCUUGAGGUAUGUUGCUAUCAAAAAUGAGAGGCAGGUAGAGGAAGUAUUAGUCAGCUGCUAGAGGUCUGCGAAGCCAGACUGUGCACUUCAGUUCAUAUCCAAGUCUUCUCCUCCUUCCAAAAGUCUGUGACUACCCUCUAUCCUCCUUUGUAUUUUAUUUCAUUUAGCACCAUUCCACCUCAAGACUUCUUAAAAGUAUAGAUUAGCAGUACUGACAUCACUUCAGUCAUCCAACUCUCAUGAUUUCUUUAUUUAAUGAAAUUAUACUUGGCUUUUUGAGGAAACCCUCCACAGAGCAGCUUACAUUAUUUUAAAAUACAAAUCCAUUUCAUGAAACUUUUUCAAACAUAUAGGUGGAACCAAUAAACAACAAUAACUUAAAAAUCACCAAUAUAAAAAAAUAACACAAUCAUAUAUCAGUUAACUACUUUCAUCCUGACACCCCAUCAAAACCUUUUGAGAAAAAGUCUUUUAAAAAAUAAGAGAUUGGGGCCUGCCUAAUUUCACUGAAUUCUGUUAUUACAAGAAGGCCCUAUUACAGGCAUAGGCAAACUUCAGCCCUCCAGAUGUUUGGGACUACAAUUCCCAUCAUCCCUGACCACUGGUCUUGUUAGCUAGGGAUGAUGGGAAUCGUAGUCCCAAACAUCUGGAGGGCCAGAGUUUGCCUAUGCCUGCCCUAUUACAUGUCUUUACUGGUGGGCACUGAACUUGGCCCUUUGUACUGGUUGUUAAGGUAUAGGCAGAACUAUAUAGGUACAAGCAGUGCUAUUUCUCUAGAAAAUGAGGUGCUGGAACUCACCUUGAACGCCUCCCUUGUUCUCUUACCAUGGCAAUGGUGCCCACCUGAGAGAUGCUGGAACUGAGUUCCAUCGAGUUUCAAGUGAAAAAAAGCCCUUUAAAUAAUCUGGUUCCAAGCCAGUCAGGGUUUUAAUGGUAAGAACUAGCACCCUGAAUUAGAUACAGAAGUGCAGUGGUGAACAGUACAACUGAUGCAAAAAUCAGGGUAACAUAUUGUGACUGCCUGGCUUUCACCAAUAACGAGGUGACCAUAUCCUGUACCAUAUGAAGAUUCUGGACCAUCUUCAAAGGCAACUCUUUGUAAAGUGCAUUUAGUAAUCCAGUCUGUGACAAGUGAAUGGAUUACUUAUUUACUGGGUAGGAUUACAGUUGGUGUACCUGUCUAAGCUGGUAAAAAGCAUUCCUCGCCACCUCAGCUUCCCCAGUCAGCAGUGAAGCAUUUAGUGCCCCCGAACUAUGAAUGUGAUCAUUCAGGGGUGUGCAGCUCCUUGAAGCAGAAGUUGAACACCUCUUCCCAGAGUUAAUGGCUCUCUCAUGCGCAGAAACUCUCAUCUUCUUUGGAGAACCAGUUUGGUGUAGUAUUUAGAGUGUUGGAAAUUGACCUGGGAAGCAAGUAUUCAAAUCACCAUUCAGUCAUGAAGCUCACUGGGCAGGAGUGAACUAAUGAGCCCCAUCAGUGGAAGCUCUGCACAAGAACUUGCACAAUGGAACUUUUAACCUCUUUCCUCCCACCACCCACACUGAAAUUGGCUCAUGUGGCUGGGGGGUGAGGGUGGUAUGUGUUGGAAGAGCCCCAAAACAACACACAGGAGGAGAGGAGGCAUCAUUCUCUCCGGGAAGCCAUAGUGAUGGAACGGUCACCUUUGUGCAACAUUGAAUUCCUCUUAAUGUCUCUUAGCCUAAUCUACUUAAUGGUUGUUUUUUUAAGGAUACAGUGAAAAGAGUGAAAACUAUGUACACCACCUUAAGCUCCUUAGAAGAAAAGUGGGAUAUAAAUGUUACAAAUAAUAAAUUAAGCUUCAGUUUUUUUCUCCUUAUCCAUCUGAGGCCAACCCUCCAGGAAGGACCAGAGCUACCAGGAGGAUACCAUGGUUGAUGGUGUUAAAUAGUUCUCUGUCUAUUGUCCCUUGUGAAUUAUUUACCAGGGUGACCAAGGCUGUUUCCAUCCCAUAACUUGGUCCUCUGCAAUCACACUUUACACUGAAUCCACAUUUACCAAGGUUUUCAGUUCUUCUUUGUCUUUUAGUCUUUUUGAUUUUGCUAGUCUUAUUUAGCAAUGUCUGUCAUCUUGUUCUCUUUGUGACAUGAUGCUAUCCUGUUUCUUAGAUGACUUCCAUCUUCUCUCCUCUUUGGAUUUCCAGCCCUUGUCUUGCUGGGGUGGCUUGCAGGUCUUAUGUUUUAUCUCAUAUUCUUUUCGCUCACAUUGAUUUUCUGUUCAGAGCAAAAUGACUUUGAUGUACCACCCUAUCUAGGUUUCCUUAUUCGUUGUUUCUCAUUCUCUGAUUUUUGUGGUCCACCAGAAUUACUCUGAAAUAACAUAUUUUAUAUUCUAAACCUUUUCCCUUCUACACUUCUUUUUAUCUUCUUUUAAUAUUCUUGUUUCCCAGGCAUGUAAAUCUGGGAUAAAAAGGUAAAGGGACCCCUGACCAUUAGGUUCAGUCACGGACGACUCUGGGGUUCCGGCGCUGAUCUUACUCUACAGGCCAAGGGAGCCGGCGUUUGUCCGCAGACAGCUUCCAGGUCAUGUGGCCAGCAUGACUAAGCCGCUUCUGGCGAACCAGAGCAGCGCACGAAAAUGCCAUUUACCUUCCUGCUGGAGCAGUACUUAUUUAUCUACUUGCACUUUGACGUGCUUUGGUACUGCUAGGUUGGCAGGAGCAAGGACCAAGCAAUGGGAGCUCACCCGCCGACCUUCUGAUUGGCAAGCCCUAGGCUGUGUGGUUUAACCCACAGCGCCACCCGCGUCCUGGGAUAAGUUUCCUUAAUGCAGAACAAAAGAAAGGAAGUCUGUAAUUGUAGACUCUCCAUAGCCGAAUUCUACUUCUCUUUUGCUUCCCAGUUAUUGGGAGACUAAGGCUGCAGUCUUAUGCACCCAUACCUGGGAGUAAGCCCUAUUGAACAUAGUUAGACUUACUUCUGAGUAAACAGGCGCACAAGGCUACUGGCUUGUUUAAGUUAAUCAGGUCUGGGUCUGGUCAGUUCUUGGAUGGGUGCCCAUUUAUGAACCACACAUACAGGGUCUUGGGUUGCAUGAUGGAAGAAAGUUGGGAUAUAAAUGUUAAAAUUAAACUUGUAAGGAUUGCAUUGUAAUAUCACCUCUUUUAGACAAAGUACAGCAUCUGGCAUCGCUUUUCACAUUAUAAUACUUUUUUGUCAGAAACAUUGUUACAAAGAUUGUGGAAUUUAUUAGAAAACUUAACAGAAUUGUACGUAUGAAGUAGAAUUUAAAUUCACUGCUGACCUUAUAUACCUCUUCAGACGUUUGGACUGUUGUGAUGCCAGAAACUGGUUUGAAGCUGUCAUCUCACAAGUAGGGCUGUAUCUCAGGUGUAGAGUGCAUUCUUUGUGUGUAUUUUGACAGCUGAUAAGAAAAUUAAUUUUAUAACAGAACACAAUGUUAUUUUGUAGUGGAGCAUGAUAUCCUGAAAAACCAGUAUGAUCUGGCCAUGACAAAGCUGCAGGCUGAACAUGAACAAAAGUUGGAAGAUAUGAAAGAGCAAAGCAAGAAACAAGAAGAAGAAUUACAGCAGGAGGUAAAUAAGCAUAUUUAUGUUGAUUUUUUGCAAGGCUCUUUAUGUUUAUCAAGAUCUGCCUGAAUAUGAGAGUGAAAUGGCAGAGUGGGAAACAGCAGAUGAGGAUCUCCACAUAGGUGACUGGAGGACUGAAACAGGCAAAUGAGGGUGUUGGGAUGCUCUAAGAGAGGGGUGGAAUUAUGGAUAGAGAUAAUAAGAAACAUCUGGAGGUGGCAGUGAUAGACGUAAGAGAGAAAGGAUCUUCUGUACAAGUUGAACACAGAAGAAAACACCAUCAAGCUGCUGGCGAUCUUUGGGAAAAGAAUGGAAGAAAUAGAAAUGGAAGGACUUUUUCUUUAAAUUAAAGAUGGGAAAGCAUAGCCAAGAGGAAAUAGGACUGGAAAAUAUGGAAUUGGAUAGUAAUAUUAAUAACAAUAAUAAACUUUUAUUUAUAUCCUGCCCUCCCCGGCCUAGACUGGGCUCAGGGCGGCUAACAUCGAAUAUAUAACAUUGGUAUAAAAUCAAACAAUAGUUAAAUUACCUCCUAAAAACAAGUCAGGAUCAAAUUAAAAUCUAAUUAGAUGGCUUUCCGCAGAAUUAGGGUUGGGAACAGUAAAUGUUCAUCAGGCCCAGCUGUUUAUGCUGUUCUUAUAUGGGCCUGUGAAAAUGCUGGGAGGCCUCUUUCAUACUACAGUGGUGCCUCGCAAGACGAAAAGAAUCCGUUCCGCGAGUCUCUUCGUCUUGCGGGUUUCUUCGUCUUGCGAAGCAAGCCCAUUAGCGGUUUAGCGGAUUAGCGCUACAGUAUUAGCGGCUUAGCGGGCUUAGCGGAUCAGCUGAUAAGCAGCUUAACGAUCAGCUGAUAAGCGGCUUAGCGAUCAGCUGUUAAGCGGCUUAACGAUCAGCUGAUAAGCGGCUUAGCGAUCAGCUGUUAAGCGGCUUAGCUGAUCAGCUGAUAAGCAGUUUAGCGGCUUGGGAAAAGGGGGGGGGGAGGAAAAAAACCCCGCAGGAACUCGCAAGACAGUUUCGUCUUGCGAAGCAAGCACAUAGGAAAUUCGUUUUGCGAAGCACCUCCAAAACGGAAAACCCUUUCGUCUAGCGGGUUUUCCGUCUUGCGAGGCAUUCGUCUUGCGGGGCACCACUGUAGUUCUUAUACAAAAAGAGAAGGGGAGUCAGGCUGAGUCCUGACCAAAGGCCUGGCGGAACAACUCCAUCUUGCAGGCCCUGCAGAAAGAUGUCAAAUCCCGCAGGGCCCUGAUCUCUUGUGGCAGAGCGUUCUACCUGGCCGGGGCCAAGGCCGAAAUUAAUGAAGAUACAAGUAGAUAGUUACGGACUAUUACUCCAAUAAGAGUUCUUGGAAUUUCUUGAACAGAAAGUUGUUAUACUGGACUGGAGAAAGACUUUUUUUUGGCCUUUAGCAAUAAUAACAAUCAAAGAGCCCUUUUGGGACUUUUUGUGUGGAAAGAAGAAUGUCUUGAAGUGUCUGGGAUUGAAGAUUGGAAAAACGCCAAGCGGAUCGAGGACAUUAUCCUGGAAUACAACGAGAUACUAACUAUUCUGGAAUGAAUAUUUUGAAUAAUCUUUAUGUACAUAAUUGGCAGAUGGAGAACUGGAAGUCCUUAUUUCUCUCAUCUCUCUUUUUAUUUUUUAUGAUUUCCAGCUUUUGUCUUCUUCUGUAAACUCUCCUAUACUUACGUUUUGUUCUGUUUUUUGAUGUCCUGUACUCUGAGUUAAUGAGGAUACACAAAGGAAGGUGAUGGAUGGAUGAUGAAGAACCCUGUGUGAGAUGCAGAGAAGGGAAGAUCUCCCAGAGUGGGAGGCUGACAAGAGGGCAUUGCAUUUUCCUUUCUUCCUCCCACUGGUUUUUUUUUGUGUUCUUCUUUCUUUCUUUCUUGUAUGUAGAUUUGCUUUCUCGUUUUUUCUAUUUUUAUUUGGAUUAGUUUGGCUUUUAUUGUAUUGUAUGUUGAAAAGUUUCAAUAAUAAAAAAGAGAAGUAACUCACUGGUGCACCUGAACCCUGUUGAAAGCAGGAGUGAUGUCCCCAUGCAUCAGCUGAUGCACAAGGAGUUUAAUUCUGCUUGGUUCAGGUGUACAAACUAGUUCCUCACAGUGAACUAGUUGGCACACUGAAGCCCUGAAGGAAACUGGAACUUUCUGCACAUCGCCUGAUAAUGUCAUAAUGACAUCAGCUGACUGAUAAGUGGCUGGUCCUGUCCAUCUAUCAGGGGUGCAGUGGGGGCCAAAAACGUUCCCCAUCCCAUUCAAAAUCUACCAGUCAGUUGCAAAAGAUGUAGAGUUAAAAUGAAAGAACAGGCGGCUGCUGAGCACAUUCUAAGCCUAGGAAUGUUUUUUUUACUAUCAGAAUUGAACAAAGCAAAGAGUCCUUUCAUGCAGAUAUGCACUACUGGUUAGCUACCUUAAAUUUCAACAACCUAAUUUAUAAAGUGGUUUUAUUGUUGCUGCUGUUAAGAAAUUCGGAGCUAGAAAUUGGCCAAAAAUCCUGUCACUCCUGGUCUAGAAGAUUUUGAAAACUCUUUUUAUAAAAUUGAAAUUCGUAGGUGUACUAACUCAUUGUACCUCUUGUAGAUAGAGAAGCUAAUGGCUAUGCAAGAAAAACUAAAGGGAGAAUCAGAAGAAGAAAUCAAAGGACUUUGGUCUCAACUGGAUAGUGCUCGGGCAAGUCGCCAAGAAUUAAGUGGUACGUUUGUGGAUUUGACAUAGAAUCAUUGUAACCUGUAACUUGCUCUCUGUUCAUUUUUAAAUUCUAGGGUCUGAUUCUCUAUCAUUCAGUGAAGCAUUUUAUUUUAUGCUAUUAAAUAAUGCCAUAUAAAGGAACAAUAUUUUAUAUUCUUCUUAAUGACUAAUUAGCUGAGGAACUGUUAACGCAUGUUUGUGAAACUCUCAGUUUUAAUUUCAGGAUUUUAGGUUACUUUCUCAGAUUUGAGGCUUGACAUAAUUUACAUUUUAUCCUGUUCAAAAAUAAUAUUAAGUUUCUAAAAAUAUUUUUACUAUUUCAGGUCUACACAAAAUAUAACAUGCAGGCUAAAUUUAUGACACAAAUAAUCUUGAUGCCAUUCAUUAUGAAUCUUAACAAUUAAUUUGAAAUAUUAACUCAUCGAUUUGUAUUUAUAUAGUAGCUCUUGAAUUAUUAUUAUUUCCUCCCUUUUCCACUUGAGGUAUGCUGUUUAAUGAAUAUAACAUAAUGAUAUAUUGAGUAGUUAACAUUCAUAAAUGAGCUCUAAGAUUUGUAAUACCAAUCUUCAGACUUGGCAGUGUUUAUAUUUACUUUCUUCAUUUUAUUAUGCAUUUAACCUGGCCAAUAUUAAUAGAUCCCAAGCCUUUUUGGGGUUUUAUGCAAAUCUUGAAAAAUGUAAAUAUAGGUGGAGUUGUUAGAUAGCCAGUGUUUUCACACAGAACAAGCUUUCUUAUCUUCCCCUGCACCCCCUGAUGUGUUCUGGAGGGUCCCCAAAAUGUACAUGACCAGACUGAGGGACGGCAAGGGGAAGGAGAUCAAGUCCCAUUACACAAGCAACCUCAGAACUUGUAAUAAGUUCUAUUCAAGUUAAUAAACUGCUUCUUAGUGUCCAAGGCACUUAAGGUCAAAUGUUAAGCUUAGUCGUCUUAAUAGCGUUGUCCUGUGUGUGUUGUACUUCUUGAGAAGCUUGUUUUAUUUUAAUAUACUGUAUUAAAAUAAGAGAGUAUUAUCUUGGUCUUUCACCAGAGUUGAAAGAACAGCUGCUUGCUCGCACUUCACACAUGGAAGAAAUGGAAUACCUGAAGAAGGAUUUUCAACUUAAAUGGGAUAAAAAAAAAAGUGAACAUGAAAAUGAACUGGAACAAUUAAGACUUUAUUUUGAACAGAAAUUAAAGUCUGUGGAAGAAAACUACAGAGAAGAAUUAACAAUGCUGCAUCAGAGGCUGCGGGAAAUGAAAGAUUAUUCCCUAUUAGAGGUGGAGAACAGCCAAGAUCUACAUGUGGAAUCUGGGUAAUGCUAAUAAUUUAGUAACUUGAUCUGUAGCAUCAGAUUCUUGGAAUGUGUAAUGAAAACUACAGUGGUACCUUGGUUUACGAACUUAAUCCGUUCUGGAAGUCUGUUCUUAAACCAAAGCAUUCUUAAACCAAGCGUGUUACUUCCGGGUUUCGCCACUUACCAAGGCAUGCUUUCCCAUAACAGCGGGGGGGGGGGGGGACUCAAUUUACAAAUGGAACACACUCAACAGGAAGCAGAAUAUGUUCUGCUUGCAACGCAGACUUCACAAACCAAAACACCUACUUCUGGGUUUGCAGCGUUCUUAAUCCAAGUUGUUCAUAAAAUAAACUGUUCUUAAACCAAGGUACUAUUGUAUUUGUAAUUGUAGUUUCCUCUGGCAGUCUGGACAGGUGGUCAUGUUGGAGAACUCCUGAAGCCCUCGUCUUGACUUGUGCUCCUGGCUAGGGGAGAACCUUUUUUACUACCAUACUUUGAUACUCAUAGGAGCAUCUAGCAGCUGUAGGAUGCACUAGAUUUCUGUUUGUCACAGCUAGGAUUGGGUUAGCUUGAUUGUCAUGUAUCCAUUUUUUUUUUAAAAAAAGAGUUAAUGUUGUUUUGAAGACUCAAGAAAAUUAGACCCUUUUAUGCCUUUCAGAAUUUUGCCCCUGACCAGCCUUUCAAGGAAGUGUUGUGCAAUUGCUUGCCCUCAUGUUUUGUCUCUGGAAAAGCUAUUAUUUGUUACCAAUGCUUAUAUUUAUUACCAGGCAGACAUUAGUUACCUAAGUUGGUUUUCACAAGCUCAGUCUUGCAUUCUGUGAGUGACUUGUAAAAUAUUGGUUAGUUCAAACCACUUGGAGAAUGGGAAUCUUUUGCUAAUCCUGAUUUAGAUUAUUUUUUUCAAGAGGCACGCUGACAGUGUCUUUCAUAUACUGUUUUUGUUUGUAUUGAUUCUAGUGAAUGCUUAUGAUCUGUCUGCAGCUGCUUCAAGUUGAGGGUGGCUUAGGAAACGUGGUUGAUGUUUCUUACUGGGAACAUGGCGGUGUGCAGUCAGUGUAAGAUUACACCCUGUCCUCCAGCCUGUCAGCUGAUUCCACCAGGGAGUUCAGUUGAUAGGCGGGUGGGUGGGUGUGGUUUGAGGAAAAUUCACUACCUCAUGUACUUCUAGUGGAAAUUUUAGGUACCCUAAAUGCUUACAAACUAAAGAGAGAGCCUGUUGAUAAUAGCUGAUAAUAGCUUUUGUGGGAUUAGUAUAUUUAAUUGGAAUUUAAGAUUUAUUUAAGGUAAAAUCCUGAAUGACUCCAGAGUCCCAAACAGCUGUUUCUUCCCACACCAAAGCAGCUACAGCUAGAGAGAACAUGGAAAGAAGCUAAAACAGUUAUUUUACUGUUUUCAUGGGCAAUGCAAAGCAACAUGGUGCUGUGAAUUUCUGUGGAUUAGCCAUGCACCAUUCAGUACCUCUGUGAAGGCUGGAGCCUUCAAUAUGUGGACCUGUCUGUGCCUGGCCCUUCCCUGUCUGGGGAACAUUUGUGAAAACCUGAGCUGCAUUAUCCAGGCUGUAGCAUCAUGGCAGGCCUGACUGCUGAACAAUGGAAAAUGCUUCUCCUGUAGCAAAAUCUCUGUUAAGAUGGCUUUCACCUAUGUGAGCUCUAGAUCCUAAUUGCAACCAAUUAGAAAAGUUCUGAGAGAGAGAGAGAGAGAGAGAGAGAUGCAAACCACAACUCUUAAUGAACCCUGAGGUUUAUAACUAGUGUGAUAGAGGAAAACUAGAUAGAGGAUAACUAGUGUGAUAGAGGUGAAGUGUGAACAGGAAUCUUAAUCUCAUGAUUGUGGUAACUGAACAAAGUGAAUCCGUGGUUGUAGAAAUGAAUACUACUUCAUGCUAACAUUUUCUUACAUGAUUACCAUGGUUGCUUCUGUGUGACUUUAAAUCACCCCCAAAUUUACAGUUCAGUACAUAGAAUGAUGGAGCUGGGUGAUCUAGUCUGACUGUUUGCUGCUACAGGAAAUCUACUGCUGUUGUAUUCCUCACAGGUGGCCAUCCAGCCUCUCCUUUAAAACAUCUAAUGUGGGAGAGUUCAUCACUUUCUGAGGCAUUCUGUUCCACCACGGCUUAUACCGUUAGGGUCUUCCAAAUAUUUCAGUGAAAUCCUCUUUCUUGUAAUGUGAACCCCUUAUUUUGGGUCCUAUUCUGGAGCAGUUAAAAACAUGUGCUCCAGCAUCUUAUAUGAUAGUCAUUUGAAUAUAUUAAGAAGGCUGUCAUAUUGCCUAAUAAUCUAUAAAUCUCUUCUUCAUGCUAAACAUACCCAUUGUUAAAUAUACUGAAAACUACUUUAAUACUUUAUUAUAGUUAUUGCUUUAUUAUAUUAUAAUAUAGUAAAGUAUAUAUGUAAUGCUAUAAGAAAGCAAUGUUAUAAUAAAACAUUACUUUAUUAAAGUUAUGAAGACCAUGUUACUUACUCUUUUGAAAUUUCCCCCCAUACAGUUCAUCUGCCAUAUUUCUAGAAGAGAUGACUGAAAAGGAGAGACAUGAUCUAUUUGAGCAGCUAACUCAGCAACUGGAACGCCACAAGGUAAAUUUGGUGAUGUUUAGUCAUUUAGUCGUGUCCGACUCUUCGUGACCCCAUGGACCAGAGCACGCCAGGCACUCCUGUCUUUCACUGCCUCCCGCAGUUUAGUCAAACUCAUGCUGGUAUCUUCAAGAACACUAUCCAACCAUCUCGUCCUCUGUCGUCCCUUUCUCCUUGUGCCCUCCAUCUUUCCCAACAUCAGGGUCUUUUCCAGGGAGUCUUCUCUUCUCAUGAGGUGGCCAAAGUAUUGGAGUUGCAGCUUCAGGAUCUGUCCUUCCAGUGAGCACUCAGGGCUGAUUUCCUUCAGAAUGGAUAGGUUUGAUCUUCUUGCAGUCCAUGGGACUCUCAAGAGUCUCCUCCAGCACCAGAAUUCAAAAGCAUCAAUUCUUCAGCGAUCAGCCUUCUUUAUGGUCCAACUCUCACUUCCAUACAUCACUACUGGGGAAAUUACUAGCUAGUUAUAAAAAGGCAUAUUUGGCUUGCCAGACAAAAUGCCCCCCCCCAACAUGCGCUGUUCUGGGGAUUGUUGCUGAGGGCCACCAAAAAGGCCUUAAGGGCAGCAUGCAGCCCUUGGGAUGUACAUUGAGCCAUCCUGCUGUAGUGGAUAGUCUAGAGCAGAGCUUUCCAAACUGUUCAUGUUGGUGACGCACUUUUUAGACAUGCAUCUUUUUGUGACACAGUAAUUCAGUUUUACUAGCAAAUCGGAGGUUAAACUAACCCCUUUCCAGCCCUGGGAGGAGUGUGGGGAGCAUUUGCACGACACACCUACACCCUGCAGCUGACACACUAACGUGUUGUGACACAUAAUUUGGAAAGCUCUGGUCUAAAGUGUCACGACCCCUACGUUCAGCAGUCGCUACAGUGAGCUAAGGUUCCAGAUUGGGUUCUGCCUCCAAGCCUGAUGCUGGUGUUGAAGGACAACUGAUCCUGCCGCUGCCAGAAGGAGACAACUGAACCAGUUGCUGCUGCACCAAAGCCUGUAGAACCAAGCCAGAAUCGUCAUGAGUGCCUUCCCAUGUGCUUAGGGAAACAACUGCCUCCCCCCGCCCUCCAUCUCACCAGUCUAGGCAAUGGAAUGUAGAAAUGUCUGUCUUCAGGCCAGAGGGUGAAACCUUUUAAGAUUAUAGACAGAGGCUUUGAGAUUGCUGCAUCACACUGUUGACUCACAUUAAGCUUGUCUACUAAGACCCCUAGAUCCUUUUCACACGUACUGCUAGUAAGGCAGGUGUCCCCAUCUUAUAUUCGUGCAGCUGGCUCUUCCUGUCUAAGUGCAGAACCUUACAUUUGUCCCUAUUGAAAUUCAUCUUGUUAGUUUGGGCUCAGUUCUCCAAUCUGUUAAGGUCAUUUGGAAUCCCAAUUUGUCUUCUGCAGCAUUAGCUGCUCCUACCAGUUUGGUGUCAUCUGCAAAUUUGAUGAGCAUCUCCCCAGUUCCUUCAUCCAAGUCAUUUAUAAAAACAUUGAACAACAAUGUGCCUAGGACAGAACCCCACUUUUGCCCAGGAUGAUGAAGCACCAUUAAUGAGCACUCUUUGGGUUCGGUCAGUCAUCCAGCUACAAAUCCACCUAAUAGUUACCUCAGUCAACCCACAUUUUACCAGCUUCUUCACAAGAAUAUCAUAGGGGACUUCGCCAGAAGCUUCACUGAAAUCAAGAUACACUAUGUCCACAGCAUUCCCCCAAUCCACCAAGUUUUUAACUCCAUCAAAAAGAGAAAUGAGAUUUGUCUGACAUGACAGAUUUUGGGAAACCCAGGCUGGGUCUUAGUAAUCACCACAUCCUUUUCUAAGUGCCCACAGACCAACUGUUGCAUUAUCUGUUCUAGGACCUUUCCUGUUAUCAAUGUCAAGCUCACUGGUCAGUAGUUAUCUGGGUCUUCUCUCCCCUCCCCCUUUUGAAGAUGGGGAUAACAUUUGCCUGCCUCCAGUCUGCAGGGACUUCACCUGUUCUCCAAGAAUUCUCAAAGAUUUGAGGCUCUGAGAUUACAUCCACAAGCUCCCUUGGUUGCAACUCAUCAGGCCCUGCAGAUUUGAGUUCAUUUAAUGUAGCUAGGUGUUCCCUUACCACCUCUUUUCCUAUCUUGGGCUUCAGCUCUCUCUCUCUCUUUGCAUUAUUUAUUCUGUUAUCACCAGGUUGGGCACUGCUUUCCUUUUGGGUGAAGACAGAGCCAAAGUAGGUGUCUAACAGUUCCUCCCUGUUGUUGAGAAGCAGGUACAAGAUAGAUGAUCCCUUCACCUUCAGGAAAAUGAAAUUGUCUAUGAGGCAGCUGAGGAAUUUGUUGGACCUUACAUUGUUGGCAGAGUUUUUGUUCCAAUAGCUAUUGGGGUAGUUGAAGUCUCCCAUGACUACUGUAUCUCUCCUUUUUGAAUGUUUGGCUAUCUGCUCUAGGAAGGCAUCAUCCAAGUCUUCAGUCUGGCUUGGAAAUCUAUAGUCAGGGCUGGCCUUCCCAUGAGGUAAGGUGAGGCAUUCCAUUCAUCCUAAUGGACCAGUCUCCAUAGCAUAGUAGUGUUGCUGUUGCAGUCCACCUUGGGUAAGGCUGCAACCCAGUAGUGGAUAUCAGUGCACAUGAAGACCAGUGCUACUUGUGGCUUAUGAUCAAUUCUAAUUCUGUUUAUUAAUACAUUAGCAUUCAGUAUUACAUCCUGAUUGUGGCUGUACUAGCAACUAAGGCAGAGCUACUUGUUGCAUUUUAUUGCUGAUGACUGCCAAGGGGCUGUGAACAAUUAGCUCCAUGUAAACUGCUUGUGCUAAUUUUAGUUGUUGGCACCUGUCUGUCUCAAGAGACAAUGGAGUGAACCUCUGGGGUGAAGUCAAACUGCUGCAUUAGCAGCACCAAAGUAACCUCCUCGGGGCACAAGCCUGGGCAGUUUGUGUGGAGGUUCUAGGCUGUCUAGACGACAAGAUCCCUCUCUUGGCCUCACUGAUGUGGGCCAAAGGAAAGCAGAGCAAAACAUUUUGGCACCAGCUUGGUUGCAGGAGUUGCUGGAAGGAGGAGUACAAGGCGCCAUCCAACUGUCUUAGGGGCUCCACUUUGGAUUUGUGCAGGAUUUACUUCUUAGCCUUUUCUUCUUGUGAAGUAUAGUUUAGUAAAACAAGUGUUUUGCAUAGAAAAUUUAAAAUGGAUAUGUUUCAUAAAUCUUACCAGUGUUUUUCUUCUGCAUGCUGGCUUCAGGAAGAACUCUCUUGUUUACGGUUGCAUUUGGAUGAUAAACACAGAAGUGAGGUAGAGUUACUAAGGUCUUCGCUCACACUUCAGUAUGAAGAGAGCCUAAAGAAAAUGAGGAUGGAUCUUUCAGAUAGAUUCACUUCUGAAAUGGAGCAGCUGAAAAGAAAACAUAGUUUAAGUCUUGAACAGCUCCGUGCCAAAAUGUCAGAAGAGCACCUCAGAGGUAAGCAGUUGCAGGUCAUAAGAAUAACAUGUGAAAUUUUAAUUUCCAAAAUUACAUUUAUAUGGAAAAUACUAGCUCUGUGUUCUAAACCAGUGAAAUACAUUGCUUUACUACAGUGCUCAGGCUGUCACUUUCUAAGAAAUAGGCUUUAGUUGGCUUUAGAAUAGAAAAAUAGGCUUUAGAAAAAGGCUUUAGUUGAUUUACCCUGUGAAACUAAUAGAAGGCACUCCUAGCCACAGAGGCCACCUAUGCGUCAAUUGAUAAGGAUGGUUCGAGGAGUUCCCCCAAACAACGGACCUGCUCCUUCAGAGGGAAUGCAGUCACCUCGCCUGUCUCCUGGAUCUGAGAACCAUUCGCCCACAAAGGUGCUGCCUCCCCAGGAUUCAUACUCAACUUAUUAGCCUUCAUCAGUCCACCACUGCAUUCAGGCACCUGUCUAGGUCUUUCACCAUCUCUCCUGAAUCAGAUGUAACAAAGAAAUAGAGCUGGGUAUCAUCAGCAUACUGAUUACACCUUGACCUCAAACUCCUAGUGGCUGCUCCCAAAGGCUUCAUAUAGCUGGGGACAAAAUAGAGACCUGUGCAGAUGCUUAAAAUAACUUUUGUUAAAAAACCAGAAGCUUUUUUUGGUAGGCAUUGUAGGACAGGAAUUGCCAAAAGAGUGGAAGAAGUUAUUCAUGUAUUCUACAACGGAAGCUAGGAUUCUACUAGUUCAAAAAUGGAAAGAUGACAAGAUACCAACAAAAGAAGAAUGGCAAGUCAAACUUACGGAAUACGCAUAAAUGGCGGAACUCAUAGGAAGACUCGAAGAUAAUGACAAUGAAGACUAUAAAAAAGACUGGGAACUGUUCAUGUUGUAUCUACAGAAAUAUUGUAAAGAAAUGGACUCACUAGCAGGGUUUGAGUAAACACAACUAAGAAAACAAGUGUAAAGGUUAAGAAACAACAAUAUGGAAAUUAAUCAAGUGUAAGAUGUAACUUGAAAGAAAAUUUGGUAUAAAAAUGAUAAGAAUAUAAGAGCAUUUAGCUAAAAGAUCAGAAAAAUAAGACAAAACUUAAGCAGAAGUAGCAAAUAUUUAAAGAAGUGGAAGUUGAAGGAAGUCAUGGUGUGGGGGGGAGUUUCGUUUUCUUUUUUCUCUUUUAUAUGGUAAAUGUGUUGGAAGACUUCCGGGUCAGCGCCAUCGGUGAAUGGCGGAGUUCCUCCGUCCGGAGGAACGGGCUCCGUGGAAACUGGGUCUUCCCUCCGCGGCGAAGGUGGGGACCCGCUAGAAAUCCCAGGCGGAGGAAGCCUGGGAACGUGGGGUUCGGCAGGGCACCAGGAGCGCCCCCCUACUCACAGGGAAUCCCAUUUAGGGGCUCCGGAGCGAAGUGGGGUGAGAAGCGCGGUGCUGCGAACUGACUGCUACUUUCACGGAGUGAAGCCGCACAGCCAUUGCCGGAGAGCGCUGACUUUUCUUGUGGACAAUUGGAUUUAAAACAAGUACCCGUGAGUAGAAACGGAAAAUUGGAUCAAGAAAUUUCUUAAUUUGGUAACGAAGCGGGAAGGUUCAAAACAGGAAGUCUGCCUUCCGCUUUUUGUAUAUAGACUAAAGCAAAAACUUUGUAAGCUAAAGCCUGGAAAGUCUAAAUUUUCUUCAUUUAGAAUUACUGAAACCCCCUUGGAAGUAGGAGAAAAGGGGGGGAACUUUGUUCAACCCUAGCAGGAGAGGGAGUGAAGAAGGAUAAGUUUCCACCGUCUCUAACCUGGGAACGGGGUGUCAGAGACAGAAAUUGUUGGAGAGGUUCAUUGACUGUGAAUGGGAUAUUUUGACAGAUAGCUAAAGAAGAGAAACAAGCUGAUUCCAAUGUUGCCUUUUGCAUCCUAAAGAAACAAAGUAUCUGAAAAAUAUCUGAAAAAUGAAGGUAAUUUUCCUUUGUUGGACUUGCCUAAAAAAAAUGGAUACAAAUAGAAAUUGCCUCCUCUAGAGGGAGCUUGUCAAAUUGUUGCUGCAGUACAUUUGAGGGCUCAACAGAUGUGAGAUUAAGACCGUGGGAACAGGCUUUUCUGACCUUGACUAAAGAUGAGUUGGAAAGAAGACUGGGUGCUUGCCUUAUGCAAGACAAGUGCCCUGCUGGAACAGAUGCAUGAGAAGAUGGACUUGAUGAAUGAGAAAAUGGAUUUGACUGUUGCAGUUAAUAACUGUGGGCAAACAGGGAAUAUUGAUACAGAAAUUAUCCAGGGACCAACUCAUGAAUCUGUACUGACUGGGCAAGUGCAGAAGAUAAUGGAGGAGGAUGCGGUUGCACCCCAAAUAAUACAAAUGGAGAGUCCCGAGGCCCUACAGGAGUAUGAGCCGCUGUCAUUGAAGAUUGAAGUUGGAGUGGGCCAGGGGGAGUCUGGAGUUGAGGAGGUUCCCAACGUUGGAGAGACCUUGGAAUAUGCUUUUAAAUACUUUUUGGACUAUAUUGAGGAUUGUGGGGAGUGGGACUGUGGGGAAUGGGCGGGUUUGAUGAAGGGAGAUGGAGACAAUUUUGGCUUGGAAUCCCCCAGAGGCCUACCCCUCAAUGAGAAAGGAAAGAAACUAAGAAAGAGACCAACAAAAGACAAGGAAAAGGGCAAGUAUAAACAAGAAGAAGAAGAAUUGCAGAAGGGACAUGGAAGAGACUUAAGGGCCUCGGACAUAAGGCUUCCAGGUUGAUGGACUAGAUGGAAUGGACAGUAAGGACUGACAUGAUCCGAGACCAGGAAGAAGGGACGUUGGAUGAAGAUUGGAAGAAAAUUUAUAAAGAAAAUUUUCUAUUUGAGGAAUUGGCUAAAAAUUAAUGAAUAUUAGGGAAAAUGUUGGAAUGAAACUAUAUGACUUUAGCAGAAAUGAUAUCAGGAGUAAUGUAUGUUUGAUAACUAAGAUUCAAGCUUUAAGGUGUAUUAGGGUAAGAUAAGGUUAAAUUAAUUAAGGUAAUGUGAAUAAUAGAAUAUGGGGAAAGAUGGAAAGGAUUUGUUGAGUUAAUUAUUAGAUUAAAUUAGGUUAGGAUGAAUUUUUUAACAAAAAUUGAGAAAGAUGGAAAGAAUUUGCUGAAAUAACUAAUUAAACUAGAAUACAAAAAGGGAGGUGUGAGGAAGUCAAUGAAACAAGCAAAUGGAAGUUUUAGAUAUGUAAUUUGGGAUUUGUGUUGUUUUCUUUUUUCUUUUUAUCUUUUUGUUGUAUUGUUGUAUUGGUUUUUGUGUUUUUUCUUUUCUUUUUGUCUAUUAUAGUGUUGUUUUUUAAAAAAAAUUAAAUGUUUUUCUUCUUAUAAUUCUGAAAACUACUAAUAAAUAUUAUUUUUUAAAAAUAUAUAUGGUAAAUGUGUUGAAUAUUAAAUUGUAAAAUCUAAUAAAAAUUUAUUAAAAAACCGAAUAAAAAAAUAGAGACCUGUGCGAUCCCAUAGCAUAACUGCCAUGGGCCAGAAGAGCAGCCUCCCAGUACUGGGGCCACAACCCUGCAAAUAGGAAUGGAACCCCUGUAACAGCAGUGUUAAUAAUCUUCUAAUAGUGUUAACAUUCUAAUCUAAACUAAGAUUAUAGCAAUGAAACACUAAAUAUGUCUUGUUCAGUAUUUUGUUGCAAUUAUGAAAACGGAUGAAAAAUAUUUUAAACUUUUAUUAUUUUCAGAAAUUGCUAAACUUGGUCUACAAAGUGCUCAAGAUGCUGCGCGUCAAGUAGAAAUGGAAGUGGCUGAGCGAUGCUUGGCAAGAGAAAAUGAGUACAAAGCUAAACUUUGUAUUCUUCAGGUUGACACCCAAAAAGAAGACAUAGAAGAAUUGAGGAGAGAAAAUACAAAAUUAAAGGAAAUUAGUGUGUGUCAAGAAAUGCAUUGGAAGGAGGAGCUGGAGCAGGUAAAAUAUGGAGGGAUGUUGAUAUAUUGUGUUUCUGAGAAAUAAUUAAGGAUUUUAAUUAAGAAUACAUAUGUGUAUCAACAAUUUUUUAAAAAUAAAUUUUGUUCUACAUUAUAUUUUCAAAAAUAAAUUGUUCACUUGGACACCUCUAAAUUUGGCACAAUAGUUCCUGAGAUCAAGGAACAGGGUUUUGUUUUGUUUUGUUUUGUUUUGUUUUGUUUGAAUACUGUUGGAUGGCAUGUUGAAUCAAGCUGGCCGACUGAACCUUUCAGAAUUGUAUUUAUUGUCAGUGAGGGCUGCUGUUAGCUUCUUUUAAUUCCCAAACACCAGGAGUUCCUUGCUAGUUACAGUGGUACCUCUGGUUACGAACUUAAUUCUUUCCGGAGGUCCCUUCUUAACCUGAAGCUGUUCUUAACCUGAGAUACCACUUUAGCUAAUAGUGCCACUGUGCCGCCGCCACCACGUGAUUUCUGUUCUCAUCCUGGGAGCAAAGUUCUUAACCCGAGGUACUACUUCUGGGUUAGUGGAGUCUGUAACCCCAAGUGUUUGUAACCCAAGGUGUUUGUAACCCGAGGUACCACUGUAUUAAGAAAUGUAUCUUAAGAGAAACAUUUACAGCCCUUAUUUCGAAGUAAAUAUGCAUAGAAAAUUCCUCUUUAGUUUAUGGGUCUUACUUCUGAGUAAAUGUGCAUGGGAUUGCAGCAUAAAAUCAUUGGCUAAUUCUGUUAAAAUAUAGAGAGUCUGGUUUGUGUAAAUAAUAAUAAUAAUAAUAAUAAUAAUAAUAAUAAUAAUAAUAAUAAUUUAUUUGUGAUCCUCAUUUUUAUAGUGCUAUCCUGUAUAUGUUUAUGUGGAAGUAAGAAAAUUUAUAGUAGCAAAAUGUCCUGUUCCCUUCUCUGGCUACUGUUGCCUGCACCCUCUUUACAAGUCUUUGUAGCAGGACGGGGGCUUCAUGCACCAGGUGGAGAAGGACAUGAUGGGCUGUUGGGAGAAGGAGGCUUUACAAAAGGAACGCUUUCCAUCCCCUUCUCUCAACAAUUGCUUCCACCCCAUCAGCUCUUCUUCAGGAGGGAUCUCCUUGAUCCUCUGCAAAAACUUUCCAGUGGUGGCUGUGGUGGGGAGGGCUGGGGAGGGAAACUUGGUUUCUCUGAACAGCUUCGGAAGAGCUACAGUAUUUCAGAAGUGCUUUGGUAUGCUUGGAAAAGGGACUUAAUAUGAAGGUUUCUUCUAGUCAAUGGAUGAGGUUAUCCUGAGGGCUCCUCGGUUUGGGAAUAAAGUAUAGCUGGGGCAAGCAAAAAAAAACUUAUAGUUUGUGUCACAUUUUUUUACGUUGUUUCUUGAACAAAUGGAGGAGGAGGAAAAGGAUAAAAGUGCCUUCCCCAGAAUUCAAGCUGAGCCUAACACUGCCCUGGGAACUCCAAGGAACUGUGAGAGCGCCUCCAUCUGUUGAUAAGAAGAAAACUUAUUGACAAGUCCAAUGCUCUUACCUCUGUCAGCAAUGAAGGCUAUCCAUCGCAGGUUGUUCAGUAGUAGUACUGGAUUGAAGAUGGGAAGGCUUGGGGGGGGAAAUGGAAAAAUUUGAAUAAAACCAGGUCCCCAUCCCCCCCGUUAUUUUCCAAAGUUGUUUGGAAAAAAACGAGGGGAAACCCUGUUAUCCCCCCUCAAAUUUUUCUGGGUUUUUUCUAGGUCUUCCCAUCUCUAGUACUGGUGUCUGGUUGAUUCCCUUUGCUGUUCAGAAUUAAGGGGAAAUAAUCUGUUGGAUUCCCUUAUUCUUCUGACCUCAUUGGCAGAUGCAAAAUAUCUCCAAUUGAUAAGGCCUAACGAAUGAGCAGACUGGGGGCCAGCUGACUCCUCUCUGUGUCUUCCAAUGGAGCAUUGGUAUUGAAAGCUACUGAGGUAGUACUCACUUGCCAAAGGAGCCAUGGUCCUAGAGGGAGGAAAUUAAGAGCUAAAACAGCAGACUAGACAGAUGUAGGACUAUGCUUUGACUUGGAAAUUAGGAUGAUCAAGGUUCUAGAAGCCAAGCCUUUAUGAGGAAAGGUUGAAGGAGCUGGGUAUGUUUAGCCUGGAAAAGAGGAAACAGAGGAGAUAUGAUAGCCAUCUUCUAGUAUAUUAAGGGCUAUCACAUGGAAGGUGGAGCCAGCUUGUUUUCUCCUGCUCUGGAAGGUAGGAUUCAAACCAAUGACUUCAAGUUACAAGAAAGGAGAUUCCAACUAAAGAUACGGAAACAGUUUCUGACAGUAAGAGCUGUUUGACAUUGGAACGGUUUCCAUGGGAAAGUUGUGAAUUCUCCUUCCUUGGAGGUUUUUAAGCAGAGGUUGGAUGGCCAUCUGUCAUGGAUGCUUGAGCUGAGAUUCCUGCAUUGCAGGGAGUUGGACUAGGUGACCCUUGAGGUUCAUUCCAGCUCUAUGCUUCUGUGAUUCUAACCUCAUCCAUAGAAGGCAGGUGUCUUGGGAAAAGGUUUGAUAUAUCCAAGUGGGGGCCUGCAACAAAAUGCUGCUUCUAUUCAAGGUUUCAGUCCCAUACAUGUCUACUCAGCAGUAAGUCCUGUUGACAUAAAUGGGACAUACUCCCAGUUAAUUGGGUAAUUGGAUUAGUGUCUAAUUUACUGAUACUUUCUAUAUUUGCUUUUCCCUGUAUUAGCUUUCAGCAGUUUCGUGUGCACUAGAAAAUUGCUGAAAAUGUAUAAAGUUAAAAUAUAUUGGGCUACAAUCCUGUGCACAUUUAUGUGGGGGUAAGCCCCAUAGAAAACCAUGGGAUUGCUUCUGAGCAAAUAUUUAGAUGAUAGUGCAUGUUCAUUUCUUAAUAUUAUAUUAUAUAAAAUAAGAUAUUUUGAAUAAAGUUAAUAAAAAUGCAUCAGAUUGGUAGUUCAUAAUUUAAAUUCAAGCAAUUUGAUAUUGAGAGUUUAUAUGAUUGAAACUUCAACUGAUUUUUUUUAAAUUCACAGAUUAAAUGCAAACUUAUUGAAGAUCAUGCAAAUGAAUUACGCAAAGCUAGAGAGGAAAUGGAACAGACUCAUAAAACAAAAGCUGAAGAAUGGAAACGAGAACAGCAGGAAUCAAGAAGAGAGGCUGAAGAGAAACUGUCAUUGUUGCGUAAAGAGCUUGAAAGCAAGGCAGAGUGUGAGAAGCGAGCCUUGCAAAAGCAGUCUGAAUUCCAUGAAGCUGAAAUGAUUUGGCUUCAGCAGCAGCAGGCUGCUAGAAUUGUAGAACUGGAGAAAUCCUUAAAGGAGCAGCAGAACAGCGUCAGGCAGCUGGAGGACACUUUAGUAAAUGCACAGAAGACUUUGGCUCAGUAUGACAGCGAACUCGCUUCCACCAAGACCCUCAUGACUGAAGAGUUAGAAAAAGCCCAAGAAGUGUUACAAGAAGAGUGGAAAGCUAAACUUAAAGAUGUACAGAGCAGGUUUGUAAUUUACUAUAUUAUCAUUGUGAUUAUGAUUUACGGUAAAUCAUUUUUUUACCAGCUCUUCAUUACAGCAAUUUCAUUACAUUUCAUUAAAUUUCAUUACAGCAAUUUCAUUACAUUUCAUUAAAUUUCAUUACAGCAAUUUCAGAGAAGGUUAUUUAAAGUUUCAAAUGCACAAUAUAGUUAUUAAAAAUGUAAGGUAAAUCGCAAACAACUAACUAAAAACAUCCAUACUGACAUCAAAUUCCACUAAAAGUGGGUACGUCUAUACAGGAGAAGGUAUUCUUUGAAUUAUCCCAGCCCCAGGUUGUACAGGGCUAUGUAAGUCCGUACAUAAUCAAGGUGUAGUAAAAGACUGGGAAGGAUAGGCAAAUAUUGCUUUGUUUAUGAAUUACAAUUAAAAUGUAAUUUCCCUGUUUCAUGGAUGCUCAGAGCCUUCUUUUGAAAAGAAGUAGGCAGAAGACCCAAAUUGAAAGGGUUUGUAUGGAGGUUAACCAGGUUUCCUGUUUCAGAAACAAAUUGGGGGGCAGGGAAUGGUCCUGUGGGUGUUGAGUUGAGAAGGGAAAUCACUUAGGAUUCAUAAUACAGUCUUCCUUUUCUUCGGAGAAAGCUGGUGUUAUUUUAUUCUUUAGAGGUGUGUGUUUCAGCAGGCUUGCCUUAUUAAUACUUGCUCCUAAUGACUUGAAAGAUACCUUCUCAUACGGAAAUGUGUGUUUUUAAGCCAAGACAUUUCCCAUUUUCUUUUGGUAAAUGACUAUUUUUGUGGGUAAGGGAGCUCUCCAUUGUUAAUAUGGGAAAGAAAAGUGGAAGAAUUGUAUUUAAAAUAUAAUGGACGUUGUAAGCCUUGCGUUUUCUGUGCCUGUAAUGGGAACGUAUCUAGCACUUCUAGAAUAAUAUGCAAUCUCCUCAAAAGCGAAAUACCUGGGUAUUUGGAUCACCCCCAAGAACAUAAACUUAUUUCAGGAUAAUUACACCAAAACUUGGUUAGAGAUUAGAAAAAGCUUUGUAACCUGGAGUAAACUAAAAUUAACAUUUCUGGGUAGGAUUUCCAUUAUAAAGAUGAAUGUGCUUCCAAAAUUAAUCUUUUUAUUUCAAAUGAUUCCAAUACUGGGCGAAGCAGGUUGUCUCAAGAUAUGGCAAAGAGAAAUUUCCAAAUUCCUGUGGGAAGGGAAGAAACCUAGGAUUAAACACCUGAUCUUAAUAGACAUAAAAGAGAGAGGAGGCUUUUCCUACCCGACCUAAAACUUUACUACGAGGCAGCCUGUUUCACCUGGCUAAAAGAUUGGUGCACGUUGCAGGAUUCGGACCUCCUGGACCUGGAAGGUUUUGACAACCGUUGGGGAUGGCAUGCCUACCUAAUAUAUGGAAAAGCGAAAAUUCAUAAAAACUUUACCAACCAUAUAAUAAGAAAAUUCACUCUUUGCUGUAUGGGAAAAAUAUAAAGACCUGAUGGAGCCUAAAGUCCCGUGGUGGACUUCUCCAGUAGAAGCCAUAGCAGUAAAACGGAAAAAUACUCAGGAAAGCUGGCCAACAUAUAAAAUACUUCUAAAAAAUGAAGAUAACCAAAUAAAAUUAAAAAACUUUGAGGAAAUAAGAGACCACAUUUCAGACUGGUUCCAAUACCAUCAGUAAUUUGAAAAAUUUAAAUCUGACAAACAAAAGGGUUUCUCAACAGAAAUUUCCCGAUUCGAAUCUGAUCUUGUAAAUUCUAAAAGAAAAACUCUUUCCAAAACUUACCGACUCCUCCUUGACUGGACAGUCAAGGAGGAGGAGGUAACAGUGGCAAUGGUGAGGUGGUCCCAGGAUUUUGGCCACUCAAUAACCAUGGCCCAAUGGGAAAAUUUAUGGAAGAUCAAUUGGAAAUUCACAAAUUGUUACACGAUUAGAGAGAACUUUCAAAAAUGCAACAUCGAUGGUAUCUAACACCAUGGAAGCUUUCAAAAAUGUAUAAAAAUGUAUCAAGUAAUUGUUGGAGAUGCGGAGACUCAGGAACAUUCUACCAUAUGUGGUGGAUAUGUAGGAAAAUACAGGUAUUCUGGGAGAAUAUACAUGCAGAACUGCAAAAAAUGCUAAAGAUCUCUUUCAAUAAAAAACCAGAGGCCUACCUCCUGGGAAUAACAGAUUUGGAUAUUCCACAAAAGAGGAAGGGUAUAUUUUUAUAUGUGACGGCAGUAGCAAGAGUUUUGAUCGCAGCAAAAUGGAAGAGUAAUGAAAUCCCCUCUAUUCAAGAUUGGAUCCAAAAGCUGACAGAAUAUGCUGAAUUAGAUAUAAGAAAUUAGAUUUAAUGAGAAUAAGUUUAAUUAUGAAAAAAAUGUGUAUUGGCAAUAAGUAAUACGAAUUUGAAGUAUGGAAUAGACGGGAGGUUGGGUCUUUAGUGUUAAGACCAAUAGAUGUUUUAUUGUUUGCUAAGAAUAUUAUGUGUCUAUGGUUAUUUUUGUAAUUUGUGUGUAAUUUGGUAUUUGUGUUUUUUGUUUGUUUGUUUUUCUUGUUGUAUAAAUAAAAAACAAAAAAAUAGAAUAAUAUGCAACAAUGCUCUGAGAGUAAAAUUGUGGUGUGGGGUAAAAAUGAAAUUGUCUUGUAUGAUAUCAGUUCUGACAUGUGAUAAGGGUUUUGAUAGGCGCAGGUCAAUUCUGUGUCCAGGGCAACUGUCUACCAGCUCCAUCUGGUACACCGGCUGAGACCCUCCCUGCCCGCAGACUGUCUCACCAGAGUGGUGCAUGUUCUAGUUAUCUCCCGCUUGGACUGCUGCAGUGCUCUCUAUGUAGGGCUACCUUUGAAAGUGACUCAGAAACUGCAAUUAAUCCAGAAUGUGGCAGCUAGACUGGUGACUGGGAGUGGCCGCCAAGACCAUAUAACACCAAUCCUGAAAGACCUACAUUGGCUCCAAGUACAUUUCUGAGCACAAUUCAAAGUGUUGGUGCUGACCUUUAAAACCCUAAAUGGCCUCGGCCCAGUAUACCUGAAGGAGCGUCUCCACCCUCAUUAUCCAGCUCGGACACUGAGUCCAGAGCAAAGGGACUUCUGGUGGUUCACUCACUGUGAGAAGUGAGGUUACAGGGAACCAGGCAGAGGGCCUUCUUGGUAGUGGCGCCCGCCCUGUGGAACGCCCUCCCAUCAAAUGCCAAGAGAAUAAACAACUAUCCCGACUUCUAGAAGACAUCUGAAGGCAGUCCUGUUUAGGGAAGUUUUUAAAGUUUAAUGCUGUAUCAUGUUUUUAAUAUUUGGUUGGGAGCCACCCAGAGUGGCUGGGGAAAUCCAGCCAGAUGGGUGGGGUAUAAAUAAAUUGUUAUUGUUGUGUUAUUGUUGUAUUAUUGUUUUUCCUUCCUUGUAAAUCUAGAUUGGUGGAAGAGCAUGAAGCUAUUACUAAAAAAAUCACAAGAGAACAUGAGAUUCUCUUUCAGGAGCUGAGGGAAAAACACACUGAGGAGCUCAAUCUCCAAAGGACAGAAUUGCAGCAUAAGCAUAAGGAGCAUAUUUCGUCCCUGACAUCCAUUCUGCAGACAAAGCACCAAGCAGACACUGAAACUCUCAAGUCUGUAUUUGAGAGACAGCAGCAGGCUCUAGAAACUCAGAUAGCAGACAUGCAGAAUAAUCAUCAAGCACAAAUUACAGACCUGGAGACUAAGCAUUUAUCAGAUUUGGAUUCUCUAGAGUCUACAUAUAUAUCUGAAAUUCAGCUCCUGCAAGAUGAGCACAGGCAAGCUCUUGAAGAUUUGUGGGUAGAUUUCAGAGACCAGUUGCUUCAGAAAGAUAAGGAAAAUCAAAUGUUUUUGGCUCAAGUAGAUGAGAUGAAACUUCAACAUGUUGAAGAGCUGCAGAUUUGCCAAGACAAUCUGAAAAUAGAGUUGACUACAGUUCACAUGGGAAAACUUAAAACAAUGGCAGCAGAACUAGAAGAAGCACAUAACGUGAGUGAGGCUAACCAUUAAUUACUCUUGGGUUUGAGUUCUGGGUUUGAGUGAUGCAGGUUGAACCAGAUGUCACAGGUGGUGCAGGCUUCCAGUGUCUUUUUUCCUUGCACAUAUGGAUUCCCCCCUACUUCUUGAUUUGUAACAGCUAUACAGUGGAAUCUCGGGUUGCGGACAUAAUCCAUGACGGAGGCAUGUCCGCAACCCGCAGCAUUCGCAUUCUGAAGCGCCAUGUUUGCGCCAGCGCAAUUUGGCACUUCUGUGCAUGCACGAAGUGCGAUUUAGCGCUUCUGCGCAGGCGUGAGAGGCAAAACCCAGAAGUAACCUGUUGCGGUACUUCCGAGUUUCCCGCGGUCCGCAACCUGAAAACAUGUAACCUGAAGCGUUUGUGACAUGAGGUAUGACUGUAUAGUAGUUUAGUGUGUAAAGUAGUAUAGUAUUGUAGAUUUAGUUCUAAACCUAUCAAACUAUGGAUAAUAAUCCACAGUUUCUCUCUGCACUAGAACAGAAGCAUACUUUCAGAUGCGUUUCUGGCUCUUGAAUGUAAACGGCUGUAGGCAGCAAAUAUAGUUUAUUCAUUCUGGACACCACAGCAAAGUAGAUUUACUGUGGAAGGGGAGGGGGGCGUCAGCAAGUGAGGAGGGAGCAUGUUGGCAUGCAGUAUUUUCACGGACAGCCAAAUCAUGAUUUGGCCAGCUAUUGUAUAGGCUUUGCUUUUGCUUUCUUUUCGUUUCUCUUUUACCGUUUAAGUUUCUCAUUUUAUUUGAUUUUUAUCUGUGACCAGAAACAUGUAUAUUUUAUUUGUGCACUGCACCUGCUGCGUAUGUUAUAGGUAUAGGGGAGGGCAAGAUGGAGUAACUGACAUUUGUGCAGCAGAAAGUUUGUAACCCUUAAAGUUAGCGAAUUUGACAUUCUAUAGCUGUUUAGGGAAACUGUUUAAAAACCUGUAUAAUCCUGUAAGUGAAGCAGCAAAAUGAGCUACAGCAGUUACCGUAUUUUUCGCUCUAUAAGAUGCACUUUUCCCCUCCUAAAAAGUAAGGGGAAAUGUGUGUGCGUCUUAUGGAGCAAAUGCAGGCAGGAGGCUCUGCUCAGCGCUCCCUUUAAAGAGUCGUGUGGAGCGUGUGUGCGGCUCUUGGGGGCUUUUCUUCGAGGAGGGAGAAGGGCUGCCCUUUAAAGGGCACGCUCUUUAAAGGGAGCGCGGCUCUUGGGGGAGCCUUAGCCGCGUGCAGCCUCUCCCAGGCAGGGGAUGAAGGCUCCCCUUGCCCAGGAGAGGAUGCGCGCAGCCAAGCAAGAAGCCAGGACAGCCAGUGGGAUCGCUGCACAGCAAUCCCACUAGCUGUCCUGGCUUCUGGGAUUCAGAAUGAUUUUUUUUCUUGUUUUCCUCUUCCAAAAACUAGGUGCGUCUUAUAGAGCGAAAAAUGUGGCAUAUUUUUCUGGUACAAAUGUCUGCCUUUGCUUUAUUGUUUUGUAAAGGUAUAUUAUGUGUAAUUUGGGAUUCCUGUUUUUAACUUUUGAUUAUGUAUAGGAAGAUUUGGCAGUAGUGCUAGGAAAACAACGACGUUUGUUGAAAGAUGACUAUCAUAAUGCCCUGGAUGUGCAGCAGGAAGAAAUCCUCCAUAUAGAGGAGCAGCAUAAAAAAGCAAUACAGGAACUUCAAGAUAUUCAUAUGGUGGAAGUUAAUCAAGAAAAAGAGAAUUGCCAGCAUCUUCAGAGAGAGGUAAAAAACAAGUUAGACAAACAACAAGUGAGGAUCUGCUUUGAUUUUUAAAGAGAAGCAAAAAUCUUUUAACGUUGUUUCUGUAGGUUGCCUUCAUUUGAAGCCAUCCUGUUUGAGGAACAAUAUCAAUUGACACCUUUCUCCAGUUCUGCUGCAGCUGUAAAUUAGAUCAUACAUUGAGUGCAUAAAUGCAUUUAACAUAUUACCUAAUUAGUUCUGAUAAAACUUUGUAAGCAAAUGCAGCAAAGGUACCAAAUGCAGUUUCCCUCCCAGGGUAGAUAGCUGUGGAGGAGGAACUUGUUAUUUAGAUCAUGAUACAGAAGGAAAGACUUGAUCCCUCCCUCCCUCCAUCUAUUUCCUUUUAACCAUUAAAGGCAGUUCAUGCAUUUGGCAUCUCUCUAAUUUGACCCUUGCUGGGAAAACAUAUGAUAUAGAAAUUUUCUUUUUCUGGCGUUAGUCAAAUAAGCCAGUCUGUGGGACCAGCUAUUGGAAGUGACUCACUCAAAGGACUAUACUAGCAUUAAUUACUAAAUAAAUUGCCUUUCAAAGGUUUUAGAUAUUUCAUUCCUUAGCCAGGUGUGAAAAUCAUAGUUAUGAUUACAUUCUAAGGUAAACUGCAGGUUUAUAGAAAAACAAUUUUUUGGACCAAUUCUGAAUUUGUUUUAUCAAUGCCCAAUCUGAAGGUCUUUGAAAUUUAAGUACUGAUAGUAUAGAGGAAUUCACAAAAAUACUUACUACUAUAAAAUUUCAGUGAGGCUUAGAUGCCUAGCUGUUUUUGAUUUCUUUUCUUUGCUCUCUAGCAUAACAAAACAGGGUUAGCAUGGGGCAAUUGCAGAAAGUAGAGAUUGUAUCAUUAAUACAAGCAUAUAUUCCUGUAUGUGCAUGGCAGUCGUUGUUGUCAAAUCUUCUUUAAACAGGAGGAAGAUCAGUUACAGGAUUUCACAUGCAGUACUGUCCAUCCUGCUGUCCACUGUCAUCCUGGGCUAUCCUGGAUUGUAUUCACAGUGAUACUGGAGUCUCCCAGGCUUUUGUUUAUGGGUGGAGGGAAUUCAACAUUCAAUCUUGAGAGUGACUCAGGGCUUCAUGGUCUCUGUGGGAACCAUGCGACUGCUACAGUUUUAACAAUGAACUUAGCCAUCAAAGUGCAAUAAAAGUUACAUUGUAGUAUUUAGCAUAUUAAAAAACGAAUUUUCCACCAAAACCUCUAAAUGCUGCUUUUGCAAAAUCUUUUAGCUCACUGUUACAUUUUCUACAGAUGGAGGAGAAAGUCAAAUUCUUAGAACUAGAAGAUGCUGAUGCUGAACUGAGAAACCUCCAGCAGCGAGACAGAGAGAAUCAGGAAGGAGAGACACUAAUGGCCUUACUGAGAUCUGAUAUGGACAUUUGUACUAAUGAAAGGUUAGUUCAUGAUAUUCAAAAUAUUUUUUGGCUUUUAUAUAAAUUAGGCAAGCAGUAUAAAUUACGGUUCAGAAAAGAGAAUACCAUUGAAGCAGAUAAUGCUAAUAAUCAGUAUUAGAGAAUAAGAAGUGGCUUAUUCUGAACAAGAUUGACAUUAGGCAAGUGAUUCUGGCGUGUUGACAGCUGCUUUGUGUUUUCCCCCCAUAGAAUUUGAAGGGGGUUGUUCUGGAAAAAAUUGUCCAUUUGUGCUGUUGUGUGAUUUGUUAUGUUAAUUCAAGGGAUGUGUUGUAUAUGUGGCUUUUUGUAGUAGUUUAAAAAAUGUAGUUUUGUGACCAACGUUAGUCAAGUCAGUGGGAUUUAUGAAUGUGUCCUUCACACAUGCUGAAGAUUAACUUGUAAAAGAAGGUUGAGUGGAGGGGAGGGUUUGAGUGGGAAUGUUGGAUAGAGUGAGGGUCAAGUAUGAGGGUCAGAUGGAAAAUGACAAGAGUGUGUGAUUAGGGACAGAAAAGCCCUGAGGGAAGAGGAAAGAGUGAGACAGAGACAAGGGAAAGUAUAUUUGAUGGAUGUAUUUAUUUUAUUGUUAAGGGUGAGUUGGCUAAAUCUCAUUCCGCUGUUAUAAUGAGAAAUUGGGGGCUUAUACAACUUAUACAGUCAUACCUUGGGUUAAAUAUGCUUCGAGUUGAGCAUGUUCGAGUUGCGCUUCUCGGCAACCCGGAAGUAACGGAGUGCGUUACUUCCGGGUUUCGCCGCAUGCGCAGACGCACAAAAUGACAUCAUGCACGUAAGCGGCGAUAAGCGAUGCGCGCGUGCGCAGACGUGCCGUCGCUAGUUACGUUUACCUCUAGAUGCGAACGGGGCUCUGGAACGGAUCCCGUUCGUAUCUAGAGGUACCACUGUAGUUUGAAAAUGGCUUAGCUAAUUGAUUUGAAACUUGGCAAUGUAGGAGAGUAAGGUUUGAGGAUGGUUGAUGCCAGAAUUGAGGAGGAAAAGUUAAUGCAUGGUAUAUCUCCAGGUAGCAUGGCAGUAGGGAGAUGGGGGAAGGAGGGAAGUGGCUGAGAUUUUCUCUCUGAAUCCCUGCAUACUUGCUCCUUUUUACUAAGCCAUGGUUAGGCAUGGUAAGACAUCCCCUUUUAUUGUUAGAGAUGGGAUUAGAAUUUUUACUUCAUUUGCAGAUGGACCCUAGAACUUUUGCACUCUGGAAAACCCGGGGGAGAAAUGUAACUGAUGUCCCUUUAGGUUUUUCAUGGCCUUCCAGUUGUCUUGCAAACACAUUCUAUCCCAGCAUAUAUAUUUUUUCAAAACAAAAACUAUCUUCACCCUUUGUUUUGUGUACUGUGUUACAUUUGCUAUGCUUCCCAUUGAUGUUUUACCAAGUAAUAAAGAUGUUAAGGGUUGGAAAAACCAGAGUCCCCCCCCCCAUUUUUCCAGGGUUCCCCCAUUUCCCCCCCCAAAAUGGGGGAGGGACUGAACCCCCCUGCAGUUUUCCAAUCUUUUUCCAUGCUUUCCUAUUUCUACCCAUCCUCUUCUCAAAUAAUGAUAUCUUUCUCAUCCUUGGUAUUUUUUAAAAAAAAUUCUUUUAUUGCAUUUAUAUGCCAGCCUUUUCUCCAAGGAACACAAAGUGGUGUGCAUGGUUCUUCCUCUCCUUAUUUAACCCCCACAACAAGCCUGUGAGGUUAGGCUGAAUGGCAGGAACUGGCCCAAGAACACCUAGUGAACUUCAUGCCCAAGUGGGGAUUUGUGGCCUGGUCUCCCAGGUCCAAGUCUGAUGUUAAUCACUACUCUACACUGGCUUAUCAACCAGGGUGCCAAAGUCUCUAUUACCAUACUUUUCUUUCAUUGCAAUAGGUGAAGGAGUCUUAUUUAGAGAGAGAGAGAGAGAGAGAGAUUGAUUAUGUGGUUGAGAGGAGAGAUCAUUAGGAAAGGAAUUCAAAAUAAAACUGUUGAUAUCAUAACAUACAAAUCUAUGGUGUGACUGAAUUUGGAAUACUGGUUGUCUCACCUCAAAAAGGACAUUGUAGAGCUGGAGAAGGGUCAGAAAAGAGAAACCAAAAUGAUUAAAGGGAUGUAUGUAGCACAAGAGAGCAAUACCUUUUUCUAUAACAUUUUAAUUAAGAAACUUUCAUGGAUAAGUGGAAUGCACUGUAGAUUCCUUCUAUCUCCCACCCUGAAUACAAAUAACUCCAGCUAAAAUCUUACGUUCAUUUUUCAUAUGAUGCUGAACUAUACCUCGGCCCUUCCUGGAAAAGAGAGAAGUUUCUCCGCUUCUCACCGAUCAGUUGGAGAAGUUAGGUGCCAACCAAGUGACAAGAAAUAUUGGCUUGACCGUGAUUGGAUGGUUCCCAAACACUAAAUGCACUUGGGGAAUUUUGAACAUUGCGUAGGUGCAUUAGUGUAUGAAGGAAGAUAGCCAAUGGAAGGCGUGUGGCAGGCUAAGAGUAAAAAGGUCAUAGGGAGAAUGGGUCAAGAGAAUGGUAAUGGCAAGAGUCCAGAGAGCAGGCAAGGUGGCAGCAAAGCUGCUGAGAAAGACAUUGGAUCAAUGACCGCAUAGAAAGUGCAGGAGGCAGAUUAUUGGGAGGGUAGAUUUGUUCAGUGUUAAAGGAGAUGUGCUAGUUAUCAGACAGAGGGAAAUCUAUGGCACAGAUUUCAGAGACAGAACAGCUCAAUAUAUAUGUUUUAUUCUAGGAAAAAGCUGCAAGAGUCUUAUCAGCAUGCUUUGAAAUUGCUUCUGAAAAUGGUGAAGGCUACAAAAGAUACUGAAGACCUCAUCUACAAGAAGAUUGGUCUUUGUCUUGAUGAGAGUCUAGCAUCUGGAGAUUCAGGAGAGAGUCGCAGUAUAAUUGGAGAAAUAGUACUUGCACAAAAUCGUAAAACUGUGGAGAAAUGGGGCAUAGAGAAAAGCAGUAGAGGUAAUUGUGCACAGAGAAAAACUAAAACUACCAUGGGUUUCAAAUACAUUGUCUUCAAAUACAUUUCCUCCAAGGCUUCUCAGAAAUAUGGUGCAUUCUAGCCAGUAUUAAAACCAGACCCUGUAGUGUAACUUGAAAGCUAAGCAUGUGUUUAAUCUCUACUACUGAAAGUGCUUGACUUUGGAUGGAUCAUGCCAUAAGUUUUUCCAAUAUCUAUUCCUCUUUUCCAUAUUUGAGUAUUCCGAGAGCCUGUUCAGAUGUUACUUUUCUUGGUUCUACUCAGGUUGUGAUGGGGAUCAAGCCUUGGGCUGACUUUUACUCUUUUUUUCUCCUUUGUUUCUCCUUCACCAUGUAUAGAAACUGAUUAAUAAUCUGGAGGUUUCAAUUUAUUUGAAUUUUUUUGGUAAAUGUUCAAAUAGGAAGAAAUGAAGAAACAUUUUUUAUACUUAGCACUGCCUGAUAAUAAAUACUACUAAUAAUAGUUUAAUAUUUAUACCAUGCCCACUUGUCUGGGUUGCCCCAGCCACUCUGGGCGGCUUAUAACAGAAUAUAAAAAACAUAAGUACAAUUACAUAAUUCUACUAUGCAGAAAUUGUUAUAUCUAAACAACAAUUUCUGCAUAGUAGAAUUAUGUAAUUGUACUUUCUUAUGUUUUUUAUACAGUGAUUCCCAAAUCUCUUUUUUUUGGGCCACCCCCCCCCCCCCGGUUCCCUAAACUGAUCCCCAGUGCUCCCAUCCUACUCUGUAAAAAACAUUAUUCAGAAUAGCAAUUUGCACAUCCAGUUAAGGAAGAUAGUAACACAAUGAAGAGUAUCAAUUUAUUCAAACUACUGUUAAAGUGAUUUAGUUUAAUUAAUUCAACAAAAUUGAUGAACUUGAUCCUGUGAAAACAGCUUUCCAAAGUCUGAUAGUCAUUUAACAAGAGUCUUAGAUACCACAUUGUUUUUAAUGCAAUGGAUGGGAUUGAUCAAGUGAUACCUGUUCCUCAAUGUCAGGUUUAAAGUCUCUUAGCCAAAGUCUUAAAUCAUCAUGUUUAGUAAUCUGGAGUAGAUUUCUUUGCUUGAAUAGAAGUUGGAUGACCACACCAAAACGGCCUUCCACCAAAUGUGAUGCUGGAAAUUUGACAAGGAGCUUCUUAACAACUGCUCAUUAUGUAGGAGAGUGACCAGAAAUUUCCUUCUGUAACCAAAUCUCACUGUAACAUUUCUUAAACUUUUGCUUCAGCUCAAAUUACGUUAGUUUUUUCUUCACUACCUAGGUUCCACAGUACAGUCGUACCUUGGAAGCCGAACAGAAUCCGUUCUGGAAGUCCAUUCAACUUCCACAACGUUAGACUUCCAAGGCAGGGCUUCCGAUUGGUUGCAGGAACUUCCUGCAGCCAAUCGGAAGCCCCGCCGGACGUUCAGCUUCCAAAAGAACAUUCACAAACCAGAACAGUCACUUCCAGGUUGCAGCGUUCGGGAUCCAAAACGUUCAACUGCUAGUCAACCAAGGUACAACUGUAUCUGAAAAUGGAUUUAUCAUCCGAUCUGAAAUUUAAAUACACAGCAAGGAAUGUGCUUUGCUCUGGCCUCUAGCCUGGUCAGUCAUACAUAAGUGAUCAGUGCAUUCAGAGGGGCUCACCUCCAGAGCUCACCUGCUUGCCUCUUAGCGCCCCCAUAGGUAACAUCACCUUUCCCCAGAGGGCAGUACUGCCCACUUUGGGAAUCACACUGGUAUAACAAGUUGUUUUGUUUUUAAACCUAUGACAUUUUAAUUUCUUGAAUUCUUGAUCAAACUCUGCCAGAACACAGCUUUGAUUCUUCGUUGCCUGAUGAAGUAUCUGAACUGAGUGAGCAUUUAUGUGAAAGUAUUUUUGAAAACCCAAACCUGGUGUUUGAGAAUGAAGAGAGGAUUCAUAAAAUUUGUCAUUGUUUUCAUAUUGCUGUGGAAAAGCUUCUAGAGCUGGUUGCUGAAUCAACUAAACAGGUAAACUUAUAUUAAUGUUUACUUAAUUUUAAACUGUAACCAUAUAUAUUAAUAGUGUGAUGUUGAGCAUUGCUGAGGAUCUGUAUCUUCUAAUAUAUUCAGUAGAAAAAAAGGAAUGGGCACCAGCUCCCCAAUCAGUAAUUGCUUUCAUGUCUGGAAAGGAAUAUUGUUACACCGUGAAUAGAGAUAGCACUUUACUGAGCAAAAACAGGAUGAGUUUUUAUUGCCAAUGUGCAAGGUCACAUCCACACCAUAGCACUAUUGCACCACUUUAACAGUCAUGGAUAAUCCUGGGAGUUGUAGUUUAUGAGUGCUGGGAACUGUAGCUCUGUGAGGUCAGCACCCUUAACAAGAGUGGUUUGAUAGUGCUUUAAACUGCAUGUGGAUGGAGUAAGGCCCAUUGAAUUCACUAGCCAUCUUAAUAAGUAGACAUGUCAGAGAUUUAAAAUAGUGUGAAGGGGAAAGCCUUCAAACAACAUAUGGCUUUCUUCUAAAUACCAGCUUUUAUUCCCAACCAUAUGAUCAGAUGAAGUACAACCCCCCCCCCAAAAAAGUGCUAUACUUCACUGUUCAGAAUAGUGAUUGAAAAGUUAUGUCAGAGGAUUUUGGUGGCCUAAGGAUAAGGUAAGGAUAGGAUAAGGAUAAGGUAGCUUCUUAACACAAACAGUGAUUUGUUGUAUGGUUAGUUAGCAAAGCCUAUAAUAAAUAAUCAUAUAAGAAGUCUAAAAUAUUAGAAAUACAGCUUAGCCUUUUAUUUAGUGUCUUAAACAUUUAUUUUUUUUAAGCUGGAGGAAACUCAAAAAACUAAUAUUCACUAUGAAGAGGAAUUAAAGCGUAGGAACUGGGAAGCAUGUCAGGUGGUUCACGAACGCCAAAAGCUAAUGGACUGUCUUAAUGAAGAAAGUGAGGCAAAGAAUAAUCUGGCACUGGAACUUCACAAAGCAAGAGGUAUGGAAAUAAAAACCAAAAUUUCUUGUGUGGUACUAAAACUUUGCAGGGAUCUAAAGCAGUUCUAAAUGGUGGUUUGCACAGGUAAUUUUCUCCUGCGCCUGAGCAGCCUGUUCAGCAUAUGAGCAUGACCACAAUUGCAUAGUGAAACAAAAGUCUACAUAUAGACACAGUGACACUCUAGUUAGCAUGGCACCCUUUUUCCAGUUGCCAUAAUUGUUUCCGUUGAGGUUGUAUAUGUGUAUAGUUCAGUUUCUGCUACUAUCUUUCUGUCUACCAUCUUCUCUGAAAGAAUGUCACAUAGAUAUAGAACAAAAAACGCACACAGACUGCAAUCCUAUGCAUACUUGACUGGGAUUACAUCUCAUUUAAUAUACUGGUACUUGUUUUCUAGAAAACAUGUAAUAGAUUGUAUUUACCCAAAUAUAAGCCACACUUUUUUCCCCAAAUUCCGACUGGAAGUUAAAGUGCAGCUUAUAUUCACAACCUUACGAAUCGGCGGCGGGAUGGAGAACAGUGGGCGUUGAGGCUCGCCGAGCUGCCUCUUCGACAGAGAUGAGUGGAGCGCUAUGCAUUUUGCACGUACGGGCCGCUCCCCUCUUGCGUUCGCUUUGGGCGGCGGGCAGCUCACAGCGCCGCCCCUCCUGGCCCUGCAUGCCAUUACAAGGACAUCCCAUCGGGCAUGGAUUGCAAGCUGGAGGCACAGCACAUAGUCAACAUCUUGCUGCGCAAGAUGUACAGUGUGUGGGGCCAGCGCAGCGUCGUCAAGCUGCACAGGAACCUCCUGGUGUCGCUCGUCUUGCGCAGUACCUGGCAGGUCUACCUGAGCGAGUGAUUUCAUGGUCAGUGGUAUCAAAGGCCGCUGAGAGUUCCAGCAGAACUAGGAAACAGCUUUCGCUUUUGUCCCUAGCCUGCCAGAGAUCAUCGACCCAUGCAGCCAAGGCAAUUUCAGUCCCUGAAGCCUGAAUCCCAAUUGGAAGGGAUCCAAAUGGUCCGCAUCCUGUAGGCGUGCCUGGAGUUGUUGAGCGACCACCUGCUCAGUCACCUUGCCCAAGAAUGGAAGAUUUGAGACUGGGCAAUAGUUGGCCAUACUGGCCGGUCUGAAGAUGUUUUUUUAAGAAGAGGUUUAAUAACUGCCACUUUCAGCAGGUCAGGGAAGGCUCCCUCACAGAGGGAAGGACAAAGAUGAGUGGUUAGAGGGAGAAGACUGGGAGCAGGAGGUGCUGGAAGCUGAAGAGGCAACAGGGCUCAGUGAGCUGAGUGAAUCGGUGACAGAGAAAAGUCCAGAAUUGGAAACUGAAGCAGGAGUGUGGGAGGAGGGAGGCCAAGAGGCAAAGAUGAGUCAGGCUGGUGAAGAGUCACACAUGUCUCCCUCUGCUGCUGCAACAAGCUUCCCUCCCCCACCUCCCAGAACCAGAAGAGGCAUGAAAAGGGUGGAGGAGAGGUUGGCUGCAUGCAGGCACAGGAUUUGAUUGCUUGGAAAAAGCCCUGGAGAGGAGGGAAUUUGGACGGCGGUGGGGAGGCAGGGACUUUUGGUCUCGGCAACUGAUUCAUGGGGUAAGACUUAUGGGAAUGAGCCACUGUUUUUAUUAGGCCUGACACUCAGUGAAGUUUGUGAAGAUCAUGGUUUUGCUAAUAAAGAGUUAGCUCCAACUUUGAAUGGUGUGAUUUACUGCCAGCUAGCGAUGUCACUUCACUUGGAAAUUAUUUUUAUUGGAGUAUCUGUAAAUCCAUAAGUCAUGACAACUUAAAUAGCAUAUAUUUUGCUUACAUUAUUUAGAGUUUGGGGGAGUGGGGACAAAGCCAAUAAAAAAUUUUUACAUACUAAUUUGGCAUACCUGAAGAGCUAUUUACAUAAAUUUGGCUAGGUUCACAUGUCACAUAUAACCAUAGUUUAAAACAAACUGGUUUAAUGUGAAUUAGCAGCGUGUUGGUUGAUGCUGUUCAAAAGUUCCGUGACGCUCCUCCCACACUCCUGCUACUGCCACUACACAAAGAACAGAAGCCAGAGUGUGGCUUAUUGUGUCCAAAGGUGAUUCUUCAUUUCUCCCAAACAUACCCUGAGCAGUAGCCAAGCUCUGUUCUUAUACAGAGUUAGCUUAAUAUUGUAUAAACAAAAUAUAUCGGGAAAGUUAAUCAGCUGUGUUGGGGAAAAUUAGGGUUUAUUUUCUCUGUUCUUUAACAUCUUAUUCUUUGUGUAGUAAGUUUUCAAUGAAAAUAGAUGUGUAACUGUUAAUCUAUUUUGGUAUAUUUAUAUAUUCUUUGCAAUGUUGGUAUAGUUAUACUUAGGUACUCCUACCUUGCAUAAAUGUCAUCAGUGCCUGAUCAUUAUGCUUUCAUACAAUGUUUGGAUUUCAGGCCUCAUUGAAGGCUGUUUAACAGAAAGACAUGCCUUGGAAGAAGCCUUGAAACUGAAAGAGGAGUCUGAAUGCCAUCUUGUUGCAGAACUGGAGAACUUGAAAGCAAAGCUCCAAGAGUUAACUCAGGAACAUGCAAGAUCUCUUGAGGAGCAGAAGCUGCUAAUAAGUCAAAAGAAAGCGUUGGCUGCCAAUGUAGGGGAGAGAGAAGAUGGUAAGGAAUAGACUGAUAUAUUAAAAUAUUAAACACACACAAAUCCUGAAUUGCUAAAAUGUUUGAAAAUUUCGCUAGGUGGAAAAUUUCCACUGACUUAAAACAUUUUUAAAAGGAUUGCAGUUUUUAAGUAUGUAAAGCAAAAGUUGGUAUUAUUUAUUUAAGAAAUUUAUACCCUGUUUUCACCUUCUGCCUCAAAGCAGCUUACAGCCAAAAGCACAGAAAAAAAUGCAAUAGAUAACAGAUUUCUGUUGGGUUAAAACACAGCACAAGACAAGGUGAGGUCAUCUAUAUGAUAAGCAGAAAACUAAGAUCCAGAGGCCUUGGUAAAUAAGUAUGGUUUUCUCCUGGUGCCAGGCAUGCUUCCUUGGCGAAAGCAUUCCCUAAACGGAGAGCCACCACUGAGAAGGUGCAGUUUUGUGUUGCCACCCUUUGCAUGUCCUUUGGAGGGCCUCAGGUGAAGAAUACAGAGUGGAGUGAGGCAGUUCUUGGUAUUGUGGUCCUGAACUGCAAACGGGUUUAUGAGUUAAAACCCACACUUUGAAUAGGGCCCAGAAACUAAUUGUUAGCCAGUGCAGCCAUGCCAGAAUCAGUUUUAUGUGAUGCUCAUGCUACUGAAUUAUACACCAGCUGCAGUUUCUGAACAGUCUUCAAAGUCAGCCCCCCAUAUAACACAUUGCAGUAAUCUAAUUCAGUGGUUUCCAGAGCAUUGACAACCAAAGUUAAGGGUAUAGCUAGGUCACCAAAUGAAGCUGAUGGAAAACAGGUCGCACCACUAAGGCCAAUUGAACCUUGAUGGAUCCAGAACAUACCCCCAGUCUGCACACCUUCAGAGGGAGUGUAAUUCUAUCUGGAACAGGCCAUGUCCCACCCAUCCAAUAUAGGGAACCACCCACCCAUAGUGUUGUAUUCUUAUCUAGUUUUAAGCUUCAGUUUAUUAGUUCUCAUCCAGUCCAUUAGUGAGGCCAGACAUUGGUUUUGUACAUCCACUGCCACACCUGCAGAUGCAAGGGACAAAAAGAGCCAUGAGUCAUAAGCAUAUUACUGACAAUGCAUACCAAAACUACAGAUGACCACUCAGCAGUUUCAUGUAGGUGUUAAACAGCAUGGGACAGAAAACCAAAGCACAGAAGGCCCAUCGGGCCAAGCAAAACUCCAUAAGCACCACCCUCUGACGCCGGUCACCCAAGUAGGACUGGAAUCAGCACAAAGCAUUGCCCCCAUUUUCAAUUCAGAUAGCCUCUCAGAAGAAUACCAUAGUUAAUGCUAUUUUAAACUUCUGAGAGACCAAGGAGGAUCAACAGAGACACCCUUCUCUUCUGACAAAGGUCAUCUUACAGGCCAAGACAACUUCUGCACUUUGUUCUAGCUUGGCAUGGGCAGGGCUGUUGUUGUUGUUUAGUCAUUUAGUCAUGUCCGACUCUUUCUGACCCCAUGGACCAGAGCACGCCAGGCACUCCUGUCUUCCACUGCCUCCCGCAGUUUGAGGUCAAACUCAUGGGCAGGACUGAGGAGGGAGCUAAAGCAAGGAGAGUUCCAAUGAAUAAGAUCAGUCAUAUUUGUCUGACUUGAAUGAAUCUCAAGAUGCAACUCACCACAUGGAUGUAUUCUGAUGCCAGCCAAGAAGUUCCAGUAUGAUAAAUGAUCAGUGUUCCUUUUUAAUUUUAAAAUAAUGUGUGAUAUUCAUAUCUUUGGUAAUGUUAUUUUUUAUGUAUUAGUUUUACUCAAGGAAAUCGAACAUCUAGCAAAAGCAAAGUUAGAACUGCAAUGUCAAGUAGAAAAGGACUGUUCCACCUUGAAUUCUCAAAUGAAAAUCUUGGAGAUGGAACUUGAAGAACAACUAAACAAAAAUCAGAAGAUAACAGCCAUGUCGUUAGAGGUUACUGACCUGAGGCAACAGAUUCAAGCCCUUGAAAGACAGCUUAAAAACCAGCGAGAUUUCAUGGAUGUAAGAAACCAAUGCAUUCUUUGCAAUCUGGACAAAAUAGCACUAAAUCUUUCAGUUAAAAGUCUCAGUAGCCUUAAAACGGUUCUUGUAAAUUCUAAGAUCUGGAAACACAACUCUUAUUUUCUUGACAGAAACAAGCUGUGGAACGGGAACAUGAACGUGAUGAAUUUCAGGAAGAAAUUCAUAAACUUGAAAUGCAGUUAAAAGUGACAAGAAAAUCCCAAACCUCUGAGCAGUCCAGAGUGUAUGAGGUAGGUAAAACAUACAUUCUUCAAGAAUGGAUCAUCUGAACUAGGGCAACUUUGAAAAAGUUGAUUAUUUUUCAGUAUUACAUUGAUCAGCCCAACCCAGAAAAAGUAUUACAAUCUUAAGACCCCGCCAAGCUGGCAGCUAGCUUGUGUCAAUGUAUCCUAGACAACAUCCUGUGUACAUCCCAUAAUAAAUCUCCAAACCACUUUCCCUGUAGCUAUGGCAACACUGCUUAAUGCAUCCACACCACAGUCAUGCAUGGACUGAGCCAAUCAAGACAUAGCAGGAAAGAGCCUCCAUGGCGUCACCACACUAUAUCCCACACACAUCUCACUAGACACAAGGCCAUAAUAUCUUGGACGUCAGCCGCCCACUGUGGCACAGAGACCAAGAGCCCAGCAACAGAGAGCUUUCUGGAAUCCCAGCAUGAUGGAUUUUGAAUCCCCAUAGGCUACUAAUGACACACAGAUUGCUAAUGAACACUUUGCUAACUUCACCAUUUAAAGGGAAGGAAUGGUGGUGGUAUAGCAAAUUAUCACCAUAGCUCUCUUGGAAGGAGAUCUUCACAGUAAACACAAAGGUCUUGCCCGCCAAGGAUUCAAGGCCACUGAAGUGUGCAACCGGGUCCAUCUGAGGGGCGGGCAACAAGGGAAACUAACUUACACGGUUAGUCCAUACAUUGUUUGCUCAUCAUACUGUUUUUCAGUAUUGGCAAGGAGUUACUGGGGCAAUUCUUAGUUUAUUAUUAUUUAUUAAAUUUCUGUACUACCCUUCAACUGAGGAUCACAGGGGAGUUUACAAUAUUAAAUCAUAAGAAUGCAUACAAUAGUAACAAACCAAAAUAAGGACAUACACCCGGUUUAAAAAGCCAUAGGUUGUUUAAUUAACCAAAGGCCUGGAAGAAGAGGAAUGUUUUUGCCUGACGCCUAAAUAUAUGUAAUGAAGGCAGCAAGCGAGCCUCUCUGGGGAGAGCAUUCUACAAGUAUGCAGCCAUUGCAGAAAAGGCCCGUUCUCAUGUUGCUUCCCUCUGGACUUCUCAUAGAAGGGGCACAGAAAGACAGGCUUCAGAUGACGAUCACAGGGUCCAACUCGCUUCAUAUGAGGAGAGGUGGUUCUUGUGGUAUUGCGGUCCUGAGCCAUUUAAGGCUUUAUCGUUCAAAACCAGCACUUUGAAUUGGGCUCAGAAAAUAAUUGACAGCCAGUGCAGUCAGGGCAGGAUCGUUGUGAUAUGCUCAAACCAUCUUGCUCCAUUGAGCAACCUGGCUGCUGAAUUCUGCACUACCUGAAGUUUCCGAACCAUCUUCAGAGGCAGCAUUGUGUAGAGGUUACCAGAGCAUAGACAACAGAAGUUAGGCUAUCCCUGUCCAGAUAGGAGCUUUGAAGCAAAUUAUGAUGAUUUACAUAAAUGUGUUUGGGGUGUAUUAACUAUUAGAUUAACUCGCUUAUUUGUCAAACAGCAUGAAAUCUUUUUGUUUGUCCAUUCUUAUAGGUAGAGACUCUCCACAAUGAAAUAAAAGAGAAAACAGAGGAUUAUAAUACGCUUUUCUUAGAUAAAGAGCAGAUACAGAAAAACCUUGCUGUUCAAAAAGAAGAAAUAGAAAAGCUGGAAUCACGAGUCAGAGAACUGGAGUUUAUGAACAGGGAAGAAGCAAAGAAUGUCAAUAAACUCACGCAAGAGCUGCAAAAAAUGAAAAAAAAGGAAGCGGAACUAAAACAAGUAAAUUUAUGUAAAUUACUCUCUUUAACAGAAAGAAGAAUUUAGGCAUUACAUAGGAGUGAUAGCUGGCAUUUUUGUGUUGUGAGUUUCUAAUGGUGUGGGAUUUUGUAGUCGUAAAAACACUAGGGCAUUCUGCACCAAGAAGUAUGUUUUCUCUAAAGAAAGAUUUGGCUAUACUGGGAUGCACCUUCUAUGUUCUCUCUGUGUCAUUUUUCUGCCUCUGGGCUGAGCAGUCUCAGGUCUCUGAUCUGCUUGGUUGGUUUAAUCCUGUUCAAGUGAAGUUUGAAGGCCAGGUUGAAGAUGAUGAAAUAAAUACAGCCACCAAACUCUGCUCUUGCCCUUGGCUCUUAGGUGCCCAUAAGAAACCUGUCUUAGCCUCUUGUCAGAAUGCUAAGAAGAUGGAGGAGGGUGAGUGGUGUCUUGGUCACAGCACCAUGACUAUAGCCUGAGGGAUGGUUCAGCCUGCAGUGCGAGUUCUAAACCUUUCACUGCUCAUUCACAGGUUGUGUGACUGAACCCUUUCCUGUUUUUCCCACAGUGAUUUACCCUCUUGUGUAUGGCCUCCCUCCUUUAGCCCAGUGGCCAUUUGUAGAAUCUAACUGCUGGAAGAGAUGUGCUGAGGUGGUAGGAAUUGUCACCAUGGAUCUCUGGGGGGUCAACUUUUCAGAUGGCACUGCCGUGCUAAGGCUGUGGCAACUGUGGUUGCUCCACUCAUGGCCCUCUGUCCUACCUUAAAUUUCAUUCUCAACUUUCUUUGCUGUCUGUGGAGACUGUGAAAAUGUCCUGUCUAUCUUCAUUUGUUCCUGCUGCUGGGUUUGCUGCUGCCUCUGCUGGCCUCUUCACUGAUUCAGCCUGGGGCUGAAUUUUCAGGCUGUCCCUGCAUACAGGCUAUCUACUUCUACCAGUGUCUGAUCUAGAAAGGUAUGGCAGUCUGGAUUGAUCCUGGCUAACUCCCAAUAAUGUGAUUUUUACCUGUGUUGUGAUUGAUUGACAAGUAAAAAAAAAUUCCUUCUAGAAGCUGAUGAUUCCUUUUCUUAACCAUUGUUAAUUCUCUUGUAAAGGAUUAUUUGAUCUUCUGAAGGCUUACUGUGCUGUUUGCCACCUCUUCUAUUUCUGAUCUUUUUCUCCUUUCAUGGGACCUUGUUGUUGUUGUUUAGUCGUUUAGUCGUGUGCGACUCUUCGUGACCCCCUGGACCAGAGCAUGCCAGGCACUCCUGUCUUCCACUGCCUCCCGUAGUUUGGUCAGACUCAUGUUUGUUGCUUCGAGAACACUGUCCAACCAUCUCGUCCUCUGUCGUCCCCUUCUCCUUGUGCCCUCCAUCUUUCCCAACAUCAGGGUCUUUUCCAGGGAGUCUUCUCUUCUCAUGAGGUGGCCAAAGUAUUGGAGCCUCAGCUUCAGGAUCUGUCCUUCCAGUGAGCACUCAGGGCUGAUUUCCUUAAGAAUGGAUGCGUUUGAUCUUCUUGCAAUCCAUGGGACUCUCAAGAGUCUCCUCCAGCACCAUAACUCAAAAGCAUCAAUUCUUCGGCGAUCAGCCCUCUUUAUGGUCCAGCUCUCACUUCCAUACAUUCAUGGGACCUAUUUCUCCCCAAAAGGGCAUGUUGUAUCCAAAGGUCAUACAAGCAGAAGGGGGCCUGUGUGACAAUAUUUCCCUAUUACUAUAGCCCCCUGAAAGGCCUAUCUGAAGGCUGUAUAUCUCCAUCUGUGCAGAAUUGAGCUGGUGGUCCACUGCAAUAGGGAGACGUUUAAUGCUUGAUGUUCUAUUAUGCUUUUAUAUUUGUUGGAAGCCACCCAGAGAGCCUGGGGUAACCCAGUCAGAUGGGCAGUACUAAAAGCAACUUACGUUUUGGUCAGCCAAAAGUUUCCAGCCCUGGCCUUGCUUUGCUCUCUGCCACAGUGACUUUUCAAAGCCACGGCUGUGCCUGUACAGUGGUGCCUAGCCCCUAAUAUCUGCUUGUUGCUAAAUAGCAGGGGUGCACUGAAGUCCUACCCUGCUUUACUGGUUUUAGGGAGACUUGUCUGUCUGUCCUUCAUAGUCCUAGAGGCGGUGGCAGCUUUGCUCUGGCUUCUGGAAGAAAUGGCUAGCAUGGGAAGAGGUCCUGAUACUUGACUUCCUUUGAUUUAACAUCAAAUAAACCAUGGAUGAAUUGGAACAUUAGUAACGUUUUUUGUUUCAGGGCCAGUGAUAUAAAUGGAGAUUGCAGAACAGCAAAGACAGCCUGUGGUAAAUUCAAAUGAUAAAAAACUAAUCUCGCCAUUGAUUUAUAAUAGGCUUUGUCACAUGUUAGCAAUCAAAAUAAUCUGAAGGUACUAUUACUUACAUAUAUGAUGUUUGUGUUUAUAUUUACAGGAUAAAGAAGCAUUACAGCAGCAGCAGUAUGAUAAUUUAAUUCAGAUUUCUACACUGCAAUCCAAAUUGGAUGAAAUCAGGCACAGAGUACCUAGGGAAGACAGCUUGGAUCAUACACUAAUGGAACAAUCGAAAACACAAGAGGAACUUUUAUCAAAAAAUAGAAAUGUAAGUUUCAAUGAGAAUAAUAAAAGGGCCAAUUGAUUUUUAAAAAUCCUGAUCCUCAUAUUGAUUGUUUCCGGGUUGAAACUAUAAUAGAAGUUCAAAAACCUAUUUUAAGAAUGUAGGUUAUAAAUGAAUAGUUACCUCUACUGAUUUCUCUCCCCCCCCCGCCCCUUUAACCUUUGUGGUAUUUGAAAUCUUACAAUGUCUUUGAAAGAAAGCUGCAGGAUAGCUGUCAGGCUCGGGAAAUUCUAUCCCUCCCCCGGCGGCAGCUCGAAGCAGGAAAAAACAAAGAGAGUUCUUAGUAAUGAGUUUAUUCAAUCAUCAUGGUGAGAAGCAAAGAAAUCCAGUCAGUCUCCCAUAAUGGCAUUGUUGCAACUGAGCUCCUCCCUUCCUAGUAACAGCACUUCCCCUUAUGGUGGCCGCCAAGGGCUAAUUGUCUUUGCAAGGGCUAAUUGCUCUAGCACCCUCAAUGAACGAAGUGUUUUAGGAGAAGGGGGGGUCAAAUACUUUCCAGUGAUAACGUGUCAGUUGGCUCCCCUGGCUCUGGCUCUCCCCUCUCCCAACACCUCCCAACUUUUCUGUUCAUCUUUCUUUGUGCUGUGACCUUUGUCAAGCCACUGCUGUAAUUCAAUACUCCCUUCCUCUUCUCUAGGAGCGUCAGGAGAACGGGGGGGGGGGUGUGUGUGAUCUCCACCAUUCCUCCUCCCUUUCAGUCCAGUCGGUGACAAUAGCACUUGCUAGUUGCAUUGAAUUCCCAGUUCAAUGCUGUGAGUUUCAUACGAUAACUGCAGGUGCUGGAAAAUGGUUGUAUAGUUGCAACAGGCUCCUUGGGCCAUUUUGUGUUGAAUAUAAAUUCCUCUCAAAUUCUUGGCAUUUUUAUGCUCUCCAGUAAUACAUAAUGGCUAUUCAUCUGAUCCUCACCCACCCCCACAUUAUUUAUAUCUGUGUAGUUUAUUCUCCCAUUAUUUUCCAUGUUACUGGAAAGUACAAAGACCCUGCUCAGGGUAUCCUGGGCUCUAGCCUUAUUGGCAGAUGAUGCAUUAUAUGUUGUUCAGUUCUCUUCUAGAUCCCUGGUAGCCAGUUCCUUUGUUCGCCACUCUCUUUAGUUUCACCACUGAGAGACAGAUGUGCUUUCUUGUUCCAAUUUGGUCAUGGAGCCAUGUGUUGGGGGCAAACUAUUUGGUGAUGAAGCUGUGAAGGAUGUCCUAUCCUAGUAUAAGCCAAAAAUAAAUAUGCCUAUUAAAAAGCAAAACAGAGUUCCUUUCAUCCUUCGCGGUCCUUUUGGGUUCCUAGGCCUGGUGGUAGGGAGAGAGAGUUUUGGUCCAACGUCCCUCCUGAAAUUGGUCAUGAGGUGGAGGACAAGGGCAACAGCAGUCUGCUUCUAGAUUUGCUUCUUUCCUUCUGCAAUCCUGUUGCCACCCUGCCAUAGGAUGGUCUUUCAUGCACUUCACCUUGAGUUAUCUGAGGUUCCCCCCACAUAUGUUUCCUGUCUCCCAUUUUCAAGAAUCCAGUAAAAAAGGCUGGUGUGAAGCAAGCAACCCAACAGUUCCAGGACAUUGAAGCAGUGGAGCUAGUUCCACUCAGGGAUCUCUGUUCUAACUUUUAUUCUUCUUUACUGUGCCCAAGAAAGAUGGCUAUCUCUGGGUGGUAUUGGAUCUCAAGCAUAUCAACUUGUUCAUUUGUUACCAAUCAAAAUCAUUUAGUUCUUAGGAUCAGCCUUCAUAAUAAUAUCAUAUGAUUACAUAUAACCAUUUUAAGUGUCUUUCCUUAUUAAGACUUUGGUUAAUUUCCCUAUUCAUUAACUGUCUCCCAAUAGCCUCUUUCAUCUGUCUAUAUAAUGCAAGAUAAUGAUAAUUGCUGUACCUUUCCCAUUCUCUUUUCAUGCAUACAGUGGCCACCAUAGAUUCUAACAGUUUAUUCUUUUCAGCAUUCUGGAAUGGGCAUUUACUAUGUGCAAUACUAGUUAUGUACUGUAAAAAAAGUAGACAGGCCCAGGCCUAUUCAGUUUAGCUAGGCCGUAGGCUCAAAGGAAAUGGAAUCAUUAGUGAUAAAGUUUUAUGAAAUUAUUAUAUUUCCAUCACAGGUACUUGAAAUUGAAGACUUGAAGUCUGUUAUAGAGCAUCUUCAUGAUGACAAGGAACAAUUGCUAAAGGAUAAAACAGAAGAAAUAGAGCAGCUGUACAAAGUAAUUGAGAAGCUUCAAAAUGAAUUGACUCUUCAUGAAAUUCGUGAUAGCCCAGACAAUUUUAAUAAUGUAGCUCUAGAAGAGCAGGAGGAGAACCUUCAUAAUAAAUUGAAGAAAGGAUCACCACAUCAUCUGGAGAGCAGAGAUGAGGGUGACAGCUGUCUGUUACUUAAUUCCAGCCAGAAACAGAUUCUGGAACAACUAGAAAGUCUUUUGGCAGACAGAGAAACCUGGCAACAGCUGCUUGAAGAAAAAGAAUGUCAGUUUCAAGCAGAGAUAAAAAACCUAGAACAAAAUGCUCAAGAGUCCUCUAGACAGCACUUCACUGAGCUAGCCGCUUUACAGCUACAGUAUAAAGAAUUACAGGAAGAACAUAAGCUCCUGAACAUGUGCUUAACUCAAAAAGAAAGUGACAUGACUGUGACUGCUUCUUGCAUUCAGGAACUUAAAGAUAAGCUGCGAGACAGCGAAAUAAAGCUUACAGAGACAGAAAAACAGUUCCAAGCAGUGUCAGAGCAGAAAAUAGAGCUGGUAGUUAAAGUAGAGAACAUACGAGGAAAGGUGGUGCAGCUUGAAAAUGAACGACAUGUCUUGGCACAAACGCUGCAUGACAAAGAGGCCACUUAUCAGAGGGAGAUUAGUGAACUUCAUACUGCUGCUGCAGAACUCAAAUCUCAGAUUGAGAAAAUGACAGAAGAACUGGAAACAGUGAGAUCUGAGAAAGAUUUUUUUCACUCACAGUUGAAAUCCUACAGGGAAAAGGUUCAAGAUAAUGAUAAUAAGAAACUUAAACUUGGUGAGCUGGUGCCAGAACCCGUUCCCUACGUUUCUUCUGAAGAAAUUGAGGAAGGGGGAGAAGAGAGAGAACCAAAUAACAAGCCCUCAGGAUCAGUGGAAUUUUCUUACAGAGAUGAAAUGGUAUGUGCCAACCAUAAUAUUAUAAAUACCCAAAUAAUGGUUGAAAUUAAUAAUCAGGAUAUUAAAAUGAGUCUGGUUAAGAGAUGUCCAGAUGUGUCACCGUCAAUAAAUUAUUGGUUUCCUCCAGAUAAGCAAUUUUAAGUUCUGUUUUGUCCUCCUAAAGAGCAGGGCUGACAUAUCUUGAGCAGGACCUCCUGGUCUCUUAGCUGACCACACAAGCCAGGGUACAUUGGAGUCCAUGCCGCAGCAGGCUGUUGCCGUCUUCCUAACUAGGUCUUUGGUGAGCAGUAAUAACUCAGUCUGAGCCCACCAUCCAAGAGGGAGAAAUAGUGGAAAUCAGAUGGGAGAACCUUCUGCAAACCUGGGGAAAAUAGAAAGAUACCAUUGGAGAUACUCUUCUUGCCUGUGUGUGCAAAAACAAAGUGGGAUAGCAAGGUACUGAUUAGCAGGGGCAUAACAUGUGACUCUGUCGCCUGUUGUGCACGGGCUGGGGGUAGGGGGAGUUCACCCCACCGGUCCAGCCCUUGCCGCCAACUUCUGUUUCAGGGUGCACUCAUGCUGCCCAGAAAUGUAAGCAGUUAACAUUCAAAGCCUGUUUUCAAUAUGUGAGCAGGGAGGAAGGCAGCAACACAAGAAUUUGUCUUUUCUGCAGUGGCUCUUCUCCCAGGGCUUUGAAUAAUUAAAAAAUCUAUGGCCUUUUUAACGGGGGGGGGGGGCGGGCUAUUGUUUUGUUUGUUAUUACGGUAUAUAUUUUUGUGGUUUUAUAUUGGAAACCACCCUGUGAUAGUUGGAUGAAGGGCAAAUAAUUUAAUUUAUAAUAAUAAUAGUCUGGACUAAAGCUAAUGCAGAAGGAACAGCUGAGCAAAGCUGCAAGGAGGCUCAAUUUGGAGUGCUAUUGCCAGUACCUAAAUGCUAGGGAAGGGUUCACUGAUGGGAUGUGUGUUGGGAGGUAUGCAGCUCUCCUGCAAAUGUUUUUAACCCACGUAGAGCAUGCCCCCCAGUAGAUGAAAAGGAUGGACUUUUAUUAGCAGCAAAAAUGUUUGCAAGAAACACCUUCCCUCUGUUUUGUCUCAGCCUUAAGUUUCAGUGAUUUCAUGUUAUGGCAGGUUAUUAAAUGUUUGUGUUUCUUUCUAGGAAAAAUAUAUUACUGUGACUAAUCUGAAGUCUUCUAGUAAAAAUCUUAAUAUUCAGGAUACACAUCUUAAAGGAAUGGUUCUGGUUCAUGGAACAGAAGUAACAAAUACUGUUAAAGAACAUCAAGAUCCACAACCAGUUUUUCAACAAAUGUUGCAACUUAAUCAUGUUUUUCAAAGCACACAAUUCAGUCAAAAGAUAACAGAAAACUUUGAAAGCAGGGUCAUAGAUAAGACUUCAUGGGACUCACCUGAGAUGAUGCGAAAACAGAAUAACAGCAUGGAGCUCCAGAUAAGUCUUCCUUUAACACCCUUUUCAGAAGUUGAUGGUAUGCAUAGCACAGGCUCUGCAAGCCUGUGCUCAGAUUCCUCAGUCCUACCGGGAGACAUCACAGGGUUGUUGGAGUACCCAAUUUCCUAUUCUAAUGGCAGUGAAGAAACGGCAGCAUAUCUCCUUCAGUCUCAACAUUCCAGUCUCCACAUUGCAGCCUCGGCAAUCCCAGAAGCAACUGACUACAAUGGUGCGCAAGAAAAUAUUUCAGUAAGUGAUUAUUCUGUAAACACACAUUAUUUUAUUGCUGAGUCAUGUGCCUUCAGCCGUUCCCAUGGAAACAAAAGGAGUAAAGAAUAAUAGGUACCGUGUCAUAGUAGCCAGAUUUGAUCAUUUCAUCAUGAACUCCAGGCAGUAAAGUAAAGGUAAUUAUGGUCAACGUUGCAGUGCCCUUUAAUAAUCAAUUGUAUGUAAGUGACUAGCUUUUUGAAAAGUAAAUGUGGUUGCUUUGAAGUGAGCAAUGGAUUGGACUUAUUCUUAGAGAGAUCUAACCCACUGUGAGAAAUAUUUUAGUAUCGUAUUUUAACAUAAGACCACUUUUUUCAGUCCUUAAUGUAAUGGUGGCAGUUCAGAGGUCUCAUCUAGAUCCUCCAAGAUCCUACCAAAUCCUGGUGACCAAAGAGAAAAACUGAAAUAGACACAAUGCAGGGGUAGGCAGAGCGCAGCGCCCUGAGGAGGAUGCAAAUCAACUCCCUCCAAUCAUCAGAUUGAGCGUUUGAGCAGAGAAGGGGUGAUAACUUCUUUGGCGAUCACUUGUAGCUGAGUAAGAUUGUCUUCCAUGAACAUGGUCUUAACAGUGAGUCCGUAAGUGACUGUGGAAGCCAAUUCUGGAUCCCCACGUCCUUCCACAAUGGGGACAUAGGUUUCUGGGUGGGAGUUGAUCAUGGUGAGGGGUUUCCAAACAUGCCUUCCUCUUAGCGCACUUCUCCCUUUCAUCCUGAGUUCGAGUAUCUUCAAAGUCCAUGACAUCUUGGUAAGGCUGUUCUCCAGUUGGAGCGCUCGCAGGCAAGUGUUUCCCAAUUGUUGGUGUUUAUACUACAUUUUUUUAGAUUUGCCUUGAGAGAGUCUUUAAACCUCUUUGAUUGGCCACCAGCUUUACGCUUUCCAUUUUUAAGUUUGGAAUAGAGUAGUUGCUUUGGAAGACGAUAAUCUGGCAUCCAUACAACAUGACCAGUCCAACGAAGUUGAUGUUGAAGAAUCAUUGCUUCGACACUGGUGAUAUUUGCUUCUUCCUGUAGACUGGCAUUAGUUCACCUGUCUUCCCAAGUGAUAUGUAAAAAAUUUCAGAGACACGGUUAAUGGAAUCUUUCGAGGAGUUGGAGAUGGCAUUUAUAAGUGGUUCAAGUUUAACAAGCAUACAGUAAGGUAUAGCUUUGUAAACAAGCAUUUUGGUUUCCCUGUGACUGUCCCAGUCCUCAAACACUUUGCACUUCAAUCAGGAAAAAGCUGCACUUGCAGAGCUCAGGCAAUGCUGGAUUUCAGCAUCAGUAUCGGCCCUUGUGGAAAUAUAACUUCACAGGUAGGAGAAGUAAUUGACACUUUCCAACAUUACACCAUUGAGUUAGAUUUGUGGCACUGCAGAGGGGUUCUUUUGUGCUUGUUGGCAUAGCACACCUUCCUCAACUGAUCUGUACUGUCUGCUAUGUGUCUGUGUUUGUGUGUGCGCACACAUGUUGAGUGUGUGUGUGUGAGAGAGAGUGUGUGUGGCACCGCCCACUUUUGGCCACCACUUACGUAUGGCCCCUGGGUGGAUGCACCACUUGAACCAAAAAAGGACCAGCCACACCUUUAUUGAGUGAUGUAGUGGGGAGAGCAUGUGAGUCACAAGAGCAUCCUUGGCAGAGCAAACCAGCACUUCAUUUGGUCCAGCUUUGUGUUUUCCACAGUGACCAAACCAGUGGGAGCUCAAGGCCCUCCCCUGCUCUCAAGCAAAAAAAGAAAAGAAAAGAGUGAAUAGCAUUUGCUUUGAUCGGAAUCCAUUCACUGGUUGGGUAUGAUCUCCUCCAGUGAUGAGGCAGGAGAGCAUAGAAUUCUGGGAGGCAGCUGUGUCUGCUCUGCUUUUUGUCUCCUGCCUGAUGAAGGAGUCCGCAGAGCCUUUUCUCCUCCAAGUCUCCUAUGAGCAGUCAGUAUACCUUUCUGAAAGGUUCCCCCCUGGAGGAGUAGAGGAGCAGGAAGGCGUGCAAAUAAAACAUUUCACUGCUGCUUGCUAAAUCUCUUCCUUGCUCUAAGGCAGGCAUCCCCUCCAGCUGUUUUGGAACUACGAUUCCCAUCAUCCCUGACCACUGGUCCUGUUAGCUAGGGAUGAUGGGAGUUGCAGUCCCAAAACAGCUGGAGGGCUGAGUUUGGGGAUGCCUGCUCUAAGGGGUUGAGUGACCAAGGAAGCCAAGGAUAUAUUAGUGAUUUAAAAACUAAGCAUGACUUGGGAAAGGAAACUUGCUCUCAGCAUUUUCCCACAAGGAAAGGCCAGUGAUUCUCUCCCAUCUGUUAAGAGCCCCGGAGUGCUUACUGACCUAGUAUUUCCUUAUAAUGCGGGCCCAUUUCUCUCCUAAACAGACUUGUCUAGCAUCAUAUUUUUUCCCUCUCUGCUAUGUUGUUCACUGUCAUGCAUAGAUACAAUAAACACUAAGAAAAGGAGGCUUAUUUUCCUAUGCUAGGACUGCAGAACCUGGAUAACCAAACACAGGAGAAGUUGGGCAGGGAAUGUUCUUUGUUCUUUUGCUCUUGUUAUUUUUGUUUUUGGCUAUGUGGACAAGGGUGCUGUAUAGUUCUGUAUAUUCUGCAUAUUUUUGUGCUUGUUAUGAAACUUAAUAAAAAUUAUAUUUAAAAAGGAAUGUUUCCAGUUCCCCACCACAUUGAAGGCAGGGCUCUGCACUAUUACCCUUCCCUAGACUUCUGAGUGGCUGGGCUUCUUCCUGAUCAGGAGGGUAUCAUUUGCAAAUCCAUGGUGACCAAACCUACUUUCAGAUUGAUUUAUUCUGCAAUUAAUAUCAAAUUCGGUAACUUUUUUUGUAUGUGGUAUAUAUUCAAGUGUGCGUAUGGCCUCCUAUAUAUACAUGGGGCUCCCUUUAGUAGAAAAUUCAGUGUGAUGGGAUUUGUUGUGCCUGGUUUGUCAUCUGGUAGUAAAACAGUGAAAAAAAUGAAAGCUGUGUUUUGGUGGGCACCAGAAUGGGGGCAAACCUGUUCCCUCAGCACUGAUGCUGAGAUCACCUAUCUCAGUCGUGUCCUUGAAGGGGCUGUGGGUUUCUUUAAACAUCAGUGCUUUCCUUCAAAAUACUAAAUAGUGUGGGAUUUGUUCAUUCCUGAGUGCUGGUAAUAUUUUUAAAAUAUAAACUGCAAUUUAUAUUUAUGAUUCAGUAUUCAUAACUAAUAUAAUAGAUGUACAAAAUGUAUUGUGAGGUGUAACCCUAAAAGAAUUAGCACACUUUUCCGUGUAUUAGACGAGGGGUUUUUUUACUGUAAAAGAAUGUUUAAAAUGAUUUAUGGGGACUGGCAAUUGGUUGUCAGCUGCGAUUGGGUGGGAGAAUGGAGUCUGCUGCAUGUGUUGCUGUGGAUUGGCUGAUGCUGCUGCAUUCGGGCGUGCAAAUGCCGGCUGCUGUUGGCUUGCCGGCAGACACUGUUGCUUCUUCUGCGUGUGUGUUUUGUAGCGUUUGUCAGUCGGGUGAGUGUUUUUCGGCAUUCCCCCUCCAAAAUACGUCAAUAACUGUAAGCAUCCCACCCCCGAAAAAGCUCAACAACUGGGCCAUCUCCCCCCAUUGUCUAAAAUUGUAGUCCCCAAAAAUAGGGGUCGUGUUAUACGGGGGGGGGGGGGACGUGUUAUACACGGAAAAAUAAGGUACUGUUAUUCAUUCCUGUGGAAAACAUAAAGUAGAAUAUGUACGUCCAUUGCUGCUGUAGGGGACUUGUUAAUGAAGCUAGGACUUCAUUGUAUUUUUGUAUAUUCAUUUCUAAAUAGGUUAGAGAUGCUGAAGGCUUCACUCUGUUGCAAUCCAAGCUGCAAGAUGAUCUAAAAUCAACGAUGUCCAGACGUGAGGGUGCAAGCACUGAGUAUGGCAGCAGUGAGUUAAUGAAUUCAUGCUAUAAAUGAUUUCAGUGGGCAUGCUCCAAUGUGGCUUGGGCUCCUGGGAUUUACCUUGGGUCACUUGGAGAGCAUGUCUUAGGCAUGCAGACUCCCCCAACAGGUAGAGAUUAACUACUAAAUUGGGGGUAUCCUGUACUUAUUUCCGUAGAAGACUACCCUGGUCCCAUGAAAUAGAGCCACUCUCAAGCCUUGUCACUUGGAGGCUAAGUGAUUUUGAACAAAUUUUAGUCUUAGAAACUGAAACAAUAAAAAAACAAGCUAAAAUUAUAGCUUGAGCAAUGAAAGCUGGCUGACCAAUAACCUAUGGAACUUUUUUCUGUAAUAUAAAAUCCUUGAACUUGCCUACUAAACUGGCCUCCUGCCAACCUAGCAGUUCAAAAGCACAAAAAUGGAAGUAAAUAAAUAGGUACCACUCCGGCGGGAAGGUAAACGGCGUUUCCUUUCGCUCCUCUGGUUCGCUAGAAGUGGCUUAGUCAUGCUGGCCACGUGACCCGGAAGCUGUACGCCGGCUCCCUCGGCCAAUAAAGCGAGAUGAGCGCCGCAACCCCAGAGUCGUCCGCAACUGGACCUAACAAUCAGGGGUCCCUUUACCUUUACCGUUACUAAAGGUGGGAAAAGUCAUUAUUAGGUUGAAGAACUCAUCAGGAACAUUAUUUACCAUUAUUUCUUUAAGCUAAGUAGAGUUUGUAUUCAGUGGUACCUUGGUUCAAGAACAGCUUAGUUUAUGAACAGCUUGGAUUAAGAACGCUGCAAACCCGGAAGUAGGUGUUUUGGUUUGUGUACUUUGCCUUGGAAGCAGAACAUGUUCUGCUUCCUGUUGAGUGUGUUCCAUUUGUAAAUUGAGUCCCCCGCUGCUAUGGGAAAGCACACCUUGGUUUAAGAAUGCUUUGGUUUAAGAAUGGACUUCCGGAACGGAUUAAGUUCAUAAACCAAGGUACCACUUGCACUUUAUCUUUUGUCCUGUUCUCUUCACCCAUAGUAUUCAUGAAGAUCCUGGUAGCCCUAGUUGCACUGAUCAGAUAUGUGAGAAUGAGCAUCUACCCAUAGUCUUGAACCCUUUGUAUCUAGUACCCUUCUCCCCCCCACCCCCCCAUCGCCUCCUGGACACAGCCAGGACAAUCCAGACUCUAUGGCACCACAGGUUCAUCGUCAUGAAGAGCAUUCUGAUGCCUUGAUGGUUUCUACUUUACCCAGCAGAAGUCCUCAGUGCACUGUUGAACAAGGUCAUCAUCUCUGGAUUGGUAAAGUGCAGUACACAGCCUGGUAUCUUACCUUAAUAAGAUGAUAGGGUGUGCCAAAAGUAUCUAGCCAUUCUUCUGGGAAUGGUGAUAAGUCAAUGCUAGGCUAGAUGAUGUUACAGUUAGGUGGAUUUGUAGCUGGUUGAUGACCAAACCCUAGUCAUAUGAACGUUCUUGCCAUUUUGUUUUUCAGAUACUAGUUCAGAUUUAGUUCUUCAGCUUAAUCAGGAAGAUCCAGAAACUAUUUUACACCAAGACAGCAAGAUCAUGACUUAUCUGCAGUGCUUUGGAAUUGUUCCAGAUAUCACGGAACCAGCAAGAAAAGAAAGAGAAGUGUUUUCGCAACAGUUGAAGGUAAUGUGGGUAAGCAAAUUGUUGGGCAACUUGAAGCUCAUCCAGACUUCCUUUUGUGCCGUCUUUCAGGCUUUAAAGCUCAAUGUCUGAGCAAUGGGGUUUUUUUGUCCCAGCACUUUUCUUGGGAAACUCUGCGUUUUAUCGCUGAAUCAUAGCAAACAGCAAUUGGGUUUUCCACAGAUUGCCAUUUGCUCCACUUUAGCAGCAAAAUGUGGGUUUUCUUGGGGAAAGCGCAGAGACAAAAACAACUGCUAAGACAUAGAGCUUUAAAGCACAGACCUUUGCCUGGAAAGCCCAGCACAAAAGGAAGUCUGGAUGAGAUUGUACUAUAUGUGUACCACAAUUUUAAAUUGAAAUAACAAUAUUUAAAAUACUGUAUGACAUAUUCCUUGCUUGAUUUGAAUAAAUGACGGAAAAGGUCUCCUUUUUCCUGGCAGACUAGCCCUACAGUCACUGCUGGGCAACCCCUGAAGGGGAAGCUCUAUGAUUCAUUUGAAUGCUCCUCCUUCCUUCUUUCUCAGCAUCUUAUCGGUUCUGGUUUUCCUGACAGCUCAUUCAGAAGUCCUUCUCUCCUCUAUGUAACAUGCUAGCUUUCUGCUAAAUUUUUUCCUUUCCAAAAUUCUUUUUCAGAACUUCAGCUUCUUUCUCUCAUUUCUUUCCUCCUACCUCCCUGCCUCCCCCGUGUGUGUGUGUGUGUGUGUGUAUGUGUACACACACACACAAGCUAUAGAGAGAGGAAAAUAUUUUGUUCAUUUUGUUCUCUGUGUUUGGAUGCUUCUCAAGAUAUCAUUGCAAAACUUGGCACAAGGGUUGCUGGGGUGGGGAAUUUUGUUGAUAUUUGAAUGCUGGCCGCCAUUUUGAAUUAGCUAUUUUGAAUCAAGCAUGUUUUACUCUUCCAGUUAGCGAGAAAAGAGGCACAGUGCCAAGCCCCGCUCUCUCUGGUGCACGUCCAUUUGAUUCUCUUCAUCUCUUCACAAGUUGGAGUGCUAAAUUUGGAAACAGGGUACCAGUAAAACAGGAAUUUUGUGAGAUUCCAUGAUUUAGCAAAAUUUGUCUUCCAAAGAGAUAUUGAAGUAGUUGAAAUCUCCCAUUACUAAUAACUCUUCCUUGCACGAAAAAUCUGUUAUUUGUUUCAGAAAAGCAUCAUCCACAUCCUCUCCUUAUUUUGGUGGUCUUUGCUAGGUGGUGACUGUCAUGUUAUACUUCUUUCUCCUGUUUAGUUUUGCCCAGAUGCUCUCUACAGUAGUAGCUGUAUUGGAUUUCUGUGCAGCUCUUUGGUUUUUAGGUCUAUAAUGCUACUCUGCCUCACUUUCUCUUGCAUUUAUACUUUUGGAUCAAGCUGUGUCCUUCAUUUGCUACAUUCCAGUCAUGAAGGUCAUCCCAUCAAGUCUCUAUCAAGUCAUAUUUACUUUUCUGUUACAGAUUUUCAUGGAUUUAUUUCCUACAUUCUCUAUGUUAGUGUGUAAUCAAAAGCUACAUAUGGUCCUAGAAAACCAACAGUGAUUCACGAAGGUGCCUUGCCGAAAUGUUGGUGGGACUGUUCUCUAUCCGAGGCCUACCUACCUACAUAUGUGGUAGGAUGGAUGUGCUAAGAUCCAUCUUGGAUAAUUCGUCUACUAAAUCCAGUUGAUCAUGUAUUGGACUCUGUGUUUCUUAUGUAAUAUUUGCUGGUUGCAGUAUGGAUUUUGUUUCCUUUGAAGAACUUUGCUGCAGUGUCUAUAUUAUUUUCAAACUGCAGAACAGUUUCAAGUGGUAAAUGUCUUGAGGACUGUGGGCUACCUGUUAUCAUCAGCUUGACGUAUUUUGCUUCCUUCUCAGAAUGUGUUGAAGAUGGUAUCUGAAGAGAGCUACAAAAUACUGGUUUUGUCAGAAAAAUCUCUGCCUCAUAAUGAUAAAAAAAAUGUACAGAAAUCUCCAUCGAAGGAGGGGUGGCAAAAAGAGAGUCUAGCCUUGCUUGAUACAGUUCAGUCACUGAAGGAUUACUUCAACAAAGUACCAGAUAAAGAAGACAAGGUAUACAGAUAUCUUUAUAAUUUUACUUGAGUUAGAGACCAUUAACAACAGCUGCAACUACAGUCAUACCUUGGUUUUCAAACAGCUUAGUUCUCAAACAUUUUGGCUCCCGAACGCCGCAAACCUGGAAGUGAGUGUUCCUGUUUGCGAACUCUUUUGGGAAGCUGAUGGGGCUUCCGAUUGGCUGCAGGAGCUUCCUGCAGCCAAUCAGAAGCCGCACUUUGGUUUCCAAAUGUUUUGGAAGUCAAAUGGACUUCCGGAAUGAAUUCCGUUUGACUUGGUGAUUUCUAAAAAGCUGAGCACUUGCAUCCCAGUCAGUUCAGAAGUCUGGCAAAGGAAAAUUCUGUAGAGACAGAUGGGGACAACUAGUCCUUCUAAGGCAAACAGUUCUAGUGCAAUUCCUCCUAAGGUGAAUUGGAUCAUAAAAUUAGCAUUUCCACAUUGGGGCAGAUAUGGGCACUUCCAUUUAUGGCUUGCUAGGAAUAUAAAUGGUAUGUCAAGGGAUCCUGGCAUGUUAUCUGUUCUGCCCAUUUACCUAAUGGGGCAGGGGAUGCAAGAGUGCUAUGGUUUGAUUAGGUACCUGUGGAUUAGUGGAAGCUCUUUCAUUUCUGCAGAGAAACCAUGAAAAGAGCAGCAGCACCAAAAAUAUAGAUUGGUGUUCCUUUGUGGUAGGUGGAUUUGAUUUAAAUCAGGUGUUUAACUUAAAUUGAUUAUUUGAAAGGGCCAAUUUUAUAUUAUUUAAAUCAAAUUUCCCAUUGAUACUUUAUAUAUUUCUUAAACAAUAGUGCACAUUUGACAACUAAACCUUAUAAUUUUAGCCAAAUAAAAUAUUAUUUACACUCUGAAAAAGAGUUAUUUGUCACAUAGUAUACAUUUUGCAUACUUUUUUACCUAGAGAGGUAAUGUCUUUAAAAUAUUUGAAUACAGAGUUUAAGUAUAAUAACUCCAGAACGCUGAACACUGGACAAUUUUUUCUUCUUUCCUGUUUUACAUCAUUCUGCUUUGCUCUAUCUUAGACCAGCCUCACCCUAACACACACGCAAAAAGAAGCAAAAUGAAAUGUCUGACAGUUACAGGGAAGAAAAGUGUUCUUUGUUUUCAUUAGGUGAAAGUGAAAUGCUAAUGUCUGAGAGGUAAAAUAUGUAUAAACAUAUUUGAGAAAUCAUCAGAUUGGUUCUUCAUAUACAUAGAAAAACCUCUUUCAACUUAAUGUAUGUGAUAGAUAUAUUGAUUCAGUUUAGAGUUAAUUGUGGGACUAACAGGUUUUUAUUAUGACUAUUUAAUAUUAAUAGUUAUUUGCUUUUUUCUCUUUCUCAUGUAUUUAUUUUUGCUUAGAUCAGUUUGUUUUUUAUUGUAAUGUAUUAUGAAAAUAUCAAAACUUUUAAAAUAAGUUUUCCAAUCUUGUAGAAAAUGGGAAUUGUGAUUUAUUGUUGAUUAUCCAUCCUGUCUUGUAGGAAAAUACACCUGCUUUUUUUGACUGGAGAGGAGACCUACUUCAAGCAGUCCAGUGUGUAUUGGAAAAGGAGCGAAACAUGUUACAAAGCUACUUACAGACACAUUUUUGCAAUCCUGGCUCUGGAGACGAAGGAUCAUUAAUAGAAAAGCUGGAACAUAUAGUGGAACAACAAGUAUGAGAAUUUUCCAGUGGUUUACUAUGUAAUAUUCGCCUUCUGAAAUCGGGACAAGAAAUGCAUCCUGUUAGAUAUUAUUAUUGUUACCACCACUCUGGGCGGCUCCCAACAAAAUAUUAAAAACACAAUAAAACAUCAACCAUUUAAAACUUCCCUGAACAGGGCUGUCUUCAGAUGUCUUCUAAAGUCAAAUAGUAGUUUAUCUGUUUGACAUCUGAUAGGAGAGGCACCUCUACAGAGAAGGCCCUCUGCCUGGUUCCCUGUAGCUCCAUGUCUUGCAGUGAGGGAACCUUCAGAAGUACCCCGGAGCUGGACCCUAGUGUCUAGGCUGGACGAUGGAGGUGGAGGCGCUCCUUCAGGGCUAUAACCAACACUUUGAAUUGUGCUUGGAAAUGUAGUGGGAGCCAGUGUAGCUCCUUUAGCACUAGUGUUAUAUGGUCCUGGCGGCUGCUCCCAGUCACCAGUCUAGCUGCUGCCUACUGGAUUAGUUGUAGUUUCUGAGUAACCUUCAAAGGUCGCUCCAUGUAGAGCACAUUGCAGUAGACCAAUUUGAAGUUAACCAGAGCAUAUACCACCCUGGCAAGAUAGUGUGCAGGCAGGUAGGGUUGCAGCUGGCAUACCAGAUGGAGCUGACAGACAGAUGUCCUGGACACAGAACUAACCUGUGCCUCCAUGUAGAGAUGUGAGUCCAAAAUGACCCACAGGCUGCACACCUGGUCCUUUAAGGGCACAGUUCAGGACCAGGGAGUCCCCCACUCCUGCCUACCCCCUGUCCCCCAGAAACAGUACUUCUGUCUUGUCAAGAUUCAACUUCAAUCCAUUAACUGCCACCCAUGAUUUUGUGAUCAGAUGAUCAUCUGUUACAAGGAAUCCCUUUAAAUCCAAGACACUCCUUCUAGCCCCCUCAGCUGCACGUGGGAUUCCUGAAGAGAAACUCCCUAGUGCAGCUGACCCCAGCUGAGGAGGCUUGCAGAGAUAGAUCCCUGUGCUAAAAAUCAGCUGGUUGUAAGGGCGUCAGUGCAUCAUGCAAAGGGUUUUGCAGCUGCUACCAAUCAGUUCAUCACCUUUUGGCCCAGCUACCUGCCCCGUACUUAACAUCAUAUAUGUUAUCAGGUGUAGGGCAGGUGGACCUAGCUGGCCAAUUUGACCACCAAAAUGGGGAGACUUGACAAGCUUAAUUAGGCCCACAAGCCAGGGGUUCCCCACUCCUGAUUCAAAUUAUUUCACCCAGCACUUUAUCUCAAAAGGUUCUUAGAAUAGCUUACAAAACUGUUAGUCUCUGCCCUUGGGCAGACGAAAAGGCAUGGCACAUAAGGAAAAGGGAAGGUGAGGAAGGAGGAAAAAAGCAAGCAUCUAUUAUUAUUAUUAUUACUUAUUAUUAUUAUUUAUUAUUUAAUGAUUGAAUUUAUAUACCGCCCUAUACCUGGAGGUCUCAGGGUGGUUCACAGAAAAGUUCAACAUAAAAACCACAAUAUAUAUAAUCAAAAUAAAAACAAUGCAAUAACCCCCUCUCAAAGAAGCACAUUUUAAAAGGGCAUAGAAUGUCGAUCAGAUCAACCAAAGGCCUGGUUAAAAUGGAACGUUUUUGUCUGGCGCCUAAAUGUGUAUAAUGAAGGCGCCAGGUGAACUUCUCUGGGGAGAGCGCUCCACAGAUGAGGAGCCCCUGCAGAAAAGGGCCAUUAUUGUGUUGUCAUCCUGCGGACUUCUCGUGGAAGCGGCACCUGAAAAAGGGCCCCAGAAGAUGAUUUCAGGGUCUUUAAUAUGGAAAGAGGCGGUCCUUGAGAUAUUGUGGUCCUGAGCCAUUUAAGGCUUUAUAGGUCAAAACCAGCACUUUGAAUUGGGCCUGGAAACUAAUUGACAGCCAGUGCAGUCGGACCAGGAUCAGUGUAAUAUGCUCAAACCAUCUUGCUCUGGGGAGCAACCUGACCUCUGAAUUCUGCUCCAGCUGAAGUUUUCAAACCGUUUCCAGAGGCUAUAUGUAUAAUGCAUUUCAAUAAUCUAACGUUGAGUUUACCAGAGCAUAGACAACAGAAGUUAGACGAUCCCUGUCCACAUAGGGAUGCAGCCGGGCCACCAAAUGAAGCCGAUGGAAGGCACUCCACGCCACCGAGGCCACCUGAGCCUCAAGUGACAGCAAAGGAUCCAGUAGUUAGGCUAUCCUUUUAAGCUACAGUAACCAGCCUAAUAUAACAACCUAGGUUGGAAAUUGGUUAUGUAGCUUAAAGGAUUGGAUGUAAGAAUUUACAUCCUCAAAGAAACUGAAAUAAGUUAUUUAAUAUGUAACAUGGACUUGUUUUCAUUUCAGGAACAACAGCAAAAGCUAGUUCUGGAGCAUCUUCUUUCUUCAGAUAGGAACAGCUUGCUUACUGAAAUACAGGACCUCGAAGCAGAGUUGCGACUGAUGCAUCUUCAAAGCCAAGAGAAGCUGCAACAACUCCAAGAAACACUUAUAAAUACAGAGAAUCAUCAGAGUAAACAAGAACAUCAACUUCGAAGGCAGGGUAGUACCUUAUAGAAGUUUACAAAAUGUUACUUACUUUUUACCAUUCCUUCAUUUGACUGAGAAACAGGAUGCAAGGAGUUAUAUCUUUAAUCUUUAUUUUGCAAACACUUUUAUCAUGUAAUAAUAGAAUUGUAGAGGUGGAAGGGACCCUAAGGGUCAUUUAGUCCAAGCAACUACAGUGCAGGAAACACAACAAAAGGAUCCAUGCCAGAUAACCAUCUAACCUCUGCUUAGAGAUCUGUGAGGAAGAAGAGUCCACCACCUCCCGAGGGAGUCUGUUCCAUGUUGAACAGCUCGAACUGCCAGAAAGUUCUUCCUGGUGUUUAGUUGGACUCUCCUUUCUUGUAACUUGAAGCCAUUGGUCCUACCCUCUGGAGCAGAAGAAAAUAAGUUUGCUCCAUGUGACAGUCCUUGAGAUAUUUGAAGAUGGCUAUCAUAUCUCAGUUUCCUCUUCCUCCUCAUUGUUAAAAUUUAUAUACCAUCCUUCAUGUGAAAAUCUCAGGGUAGUUCACAAGAUAAAAAUACAGGAUAGAAGCACAAAAUAAAUACUUAAUAACAAAACAAUAAUACCCGCCCCCAGCAAAAAAACCCACAACAUUUUAAAGGCCGUAAAAUAUUAAUCAGCCUAAGGCCUGGGGGAAGAGGAAUGUUUUUGCCUGGCACCUAAAGGUGUAUAAUGAAGGCGCCAGACAAACCUCCCUGGGGGAGAGCAUUCCACAAAGAGGGAGUCACCACAGAAAAGGCCUGUUCUCAUGUUGCCACCUUUUGGACCUCUUGUGGAUGAGGCACACAAGGAAGGAGGGCCUCAGAAGAUGAUCACAGAGUAUGGGUCCGUUUAUAUGGGGAGAGUCAGUCCUUGAGAUAUUGCGGUCCUGAGCCAUUUUAGGCUUUAUAGGUCAAAACCAGCACUUUGAAUUGAGCCUGGAAACUAAUUGACAGCCAGUGCAGUUGGGCCAAGAUCGGUGUAAUGUGCUCCAGCGGUCUUGCCCCGGUGAGCAACCUGGCCACCAAAUUCUGCACUAGCUGAAGCUUCCAAACCAUCUUCUGAGACAGCCCUACGUAUAAUGUGUUUCAGUAAUCUAACCUAGAAGUUACCAGAGCAUAGACAACAGAAGUUAGGCUGUCUCUGUCCACAUAGGAACGUAGUUGGGUCAUCAGAUGAAGCUUGAUGGAAGGCAUUCUGCUCCACUGAGGCCACCUGCUGGUUUUUUAUCAGUCAAGAGGGGCAAAGGUCCAGAGUGCAAGUGUUCACCCUGACCGAUCCCAGCACCUUGUCUGCAUCCUCAAGUCUUACUAACUGAAACUCCUCCAACACAACAGGACCAGACAGUGCUCUGGACACCCCAUGAGAUUCACCUGCAAUAACAGCAGUGUCAAGAUCCUGGUGGAUGUAAGCAAUUUUAUCCUCAAAAUGCUUUGCAAACAAGUCACAGUGAGUUAUCGUCAGUUCUGCCACCUCCUUCUGCCAGACUGUAACAGGCGCCACAGUACCCGGAAAAGCUCUGCUGGAUGGCACAAUGAGGAUGCAAUGGAGCUGACAAAGGAAGCAUUCUUUGCAGCCUUCACUGUCACUAGGUAGACUCAAUGAUGAGUCUACCAGUGUGCAAUUACCUUCAACCAGAUUUUGCUUCACUCGUGUUUGAACCAUCUCCCAGCUUGUUUCCUCGCCCUAAGCUCUGGAGUAUACCAGGAUGCCAGAAAGACUCCAUGAAGCAGGAGAAGGUGUUCAGGAUUAUCGUGUCAACAGCCUGAGCCAUUUGGUUGUUCCAGAGGUCGGCCAGGGCGUCACCAGGAGUGCCAAUCAUGUCAGCUGGGAAAUCCCCCAGAGCCAUCUGGAAGCUCACUGGAUCCACCAGCCUCCUCUGAAGGCAAACCAUCCUAAUAUGUUCCUUGCCUCUGCAGAGCGGAAAAGGUGCUGAAAGCCUAAAUCUCAACAGAAAGUGAUUGGAACAUGACAAGGGACUGAUGUCAAUGUCCCCCACUUUCAAAUCACCCUCUUCCUGCCCAGUUGAGAAAGCAAGGCCCAGAGUGUGACCUGCAACAUGCGUUAGGCUGGUGACAUAUUGGGACAGCCCCAUGGUCAUCAAGACAGCCAUGAAGUCCUGAGCCACCCCAGAGGCAGUCACCUCAGCAUUGUUGUUUCCAGUAUGUCCCAGAGCCAGCCACUGGGUCUUAACUGCUGCUGUCUUAGCCACUGCAAAUCAUCCUCCCCCUGGUCUUGCAACACCACCACUUCUCUGUUCUUCCUGUCCGUUCUCCCAAGCAUUCUUCCCUGCUGACUCUUGGAGAAUUGAGGCUGGGAUGAGAGGAAUUUCUGGCACUGUACCUCUUCAGAAAAAAACAUGAGGCCUACCCACUGCCUUGCUCCUUCCUCGUCUGGAUGCAAAGCCUCUUUUUAAAAGGUUUUUUUCUUUGUCAGUUAAGUGGUAUAUAAUUUUAUGAAAUAAACCAUACAUACCUUUUUUUGUAACAAGCAGCAACAAAGUAAUGAGUACAAUGGCCAUCUGUCUUCCACUCAUGAAGAAUCAAGUAUGGUUACUGCACUGUGACAGUAAAUCCCUCCCCAUCAGACACAGGGGGAUGAACUCCCACUUGCCUGUAUGUAAGAAGAAAAGGAAGUACCAACACAAUUACCCUGUUUGGUCCGUCCCCCUCAUUUUUUGCCUUAUGGGUUUGGUAUGCCAGAUGUUCUGACAGUGCUAUCGUGCAUAUGCGUGAGAACACUUCAGGGUGUUAGACGCUUCUCCAGAGGAGUUUCUACCCUGUAUAACCUAAGUGCCAUAUACAUAGUCAGAAUUCUACCACAUUAGAAUGCAGAAUUAGCAGCCAUUUGGUUUUCUGUCACUGGCUUGUCAUAGAGCUGUUCCUGUAUCUCCCCACUGAAAGAUUCUUGCUAAGGGUGUUUUUGAGAAGCUUUUUCAGGAAGACACUGGUAGAAUUCUAUGCAUGCUCUAACAAAGUAUUCUACAUCACUGCUAAGAAUGCCCAUAAAAGAUAAGGCAAGCACUGUUGGUACCUCAGGUCACUUGUUGGAGAAUGUUCAUACCUGUUUAACUUCACCAGUAAAAGCGUAGGUCAAAUGUUCUUGCUGGGUUUCUGUGAAAAAUGAGUUCCACAACUGAAGAAACUGAGAAUUUGUCUCUUACACAUAAUGAAUAAUGAUGAUGAUGAUGACAUACAGACUUACACAAAUCCUUCAUAUAUUAUUAUUUCACUUGGUCAAGUGAAAUUUCAUACAAGUAAAAAUCUACAUGAGCAGUGCACUGAAUCUGGUUUAUUGACUUGGCCUUCUAAAUUAAAUGUGCCUUGGAUAGGUGAAAUCUGAAAGUAAUGAAUGGCAGCCUUUUUAUAGCCUAAUGUGAAGCAAGUAUGGGAAAACAGAAAGUGAAGCAAAGUGUUGCCAACAAGUCCUUUCAUCCAGAAAUGUCACAAUACAUAUUGCAUUUAUGUGCCUUUAAAAAUCCACUUCAUUUGUCAUUUUUUAAAGUUAUAUUGGGGAAAUUACUUUUAAGUUAUUGAAAUGGAUUUAAUUUUUAAAAUUUUGUUGUAACUUUGUAUUUGUUCUCAGUUGAAUUACUAGAAUAUAAACUUCAGCAGGAGAAAUCCAUUGCAAGUGACUUGCAGGCUUCUCUAAAAAGUGAACAAGAGAAAUCCUCUGAGAUGCAUGAACUACUGAAACAGGAACACAGCGCAAUAUCGAACUUGAAAUCGGAUCUCUGUGAAAGCAAGCAAACAAAUGAGAGGCUCCAAAAAUCCCUACAGGACCUCCAGGAAGACAUAGUUAAGUACAGGUAAGGACUUCCAAGGGCAGUUCAGUUUGCAUUUAGAACAAUCUACAGCUACAAUUUCCAAGUAAAUGUCUUAUUGUGAAGUUCUUCCUGCUCUCAGUUUGUAUCAUACUGGAGACAUUCAGUUAAGUUCUGGGGUGCCUUUGUACCCCAAUCCUCCUGUAUUACAAAACAGUCCUCUUCUAACAACUUUCUGCAUUUCAGUAUUUGCCUAAAUACUGUGGUUUAAACCACUGAGCCUCUUGGGCUUGCCGAUCGGAAGGUCGGCGGUUUGAAUCCCUGUGACAGGGUAAGCUCCCAUUGCUCGGUCCCAGCUCCUGCCAACCUAGCAGUUCAAAAGCACGUCAAAGUCCAAGUAGAUAAAUAUGUACCGCUCCGGUGGGAAGGUAAACGGCGUUUCUGUGCGCUGCUCUGGUUUUGCCAGAAGCAGCUUAGUCAUGCUGGCCACAUGACCCGGAAAAACUGUCUGCGGACAAACAUCGGUUCCCUUGGCCAGUAAAGCGAGAUGAGCGCUGCAACCCCAGAGUCGUUCGUGACUGAACUUAACUGUCAGGGGUUCUUUACCUUUACCUUUUACCUACCCACUACCUCUAGUUGUGAUUUUUAAUGAUUGAUUUUACUAUACAAUCAAAGAACAACAUAAUUGUUGUCACAAAUUUCUUAUUCCAGUUCCCCUUUCCACAUGUCCCUGGGGUUUCAACUGCAGAGUCUCUUCCUGAUUUUUGUUUCUAGGACUCUAGUAUAGGAAGUGUUUCAGCUUGAGAAUUCACUGUUUAUACCAACCUGUGCUGAAACGUUAAAAGUUAAGAAGUGUUGUUCCUGACAUAAUAAAAAGCACUAUGCAAAGUGUUUUAUUCAUUCAUUUAUUCAUAUUCCCACAAAAAAGCCUGCCCAAAGAGGCUCACAAUAAACAGAUGCAUUGCAAACAAUUUCAUAAUGACGUAGCAAAACAAAAAUAUAAUAACCUACAGAACACCACGUUUGAAUACUAUAAAUAUGAUAAGAUUACUUGAACAACAUGCAGCAUCCAAUAGCAAAAAUAACAAGGGAACGUCACAGCUUCACCUUAGUCCUAGAAACACCCCUCCCAUGAUACUUGAUUGUUUUUUCUUCUUGCUCAGUUACUAAAGGCAUUGGGUUGUGUGUCCAGGUGUUCAUUUUACCUGGAGCAGAUCCAUUGAAAUAAAUGGGUGUGGUUAAUCUUAGGUCUAUUAAUUUUAGUGGAUUAUUCUGAUUAGAACUAAGUUGGAUACAGCUGCAUGUCUGCUAUAAAAACAGAAAGAUGCAGGUUAGCAGUUUUUUUUAAAAAAAUAAUACAUAGAACUUUUGUAUGUUGCAGUUCUGCACUGGAAAAUAAGGAGAAAGAUAUGACAGCUGUUCUUCAAGACUUCCAAAAUGAACAAGUUAAAGAAAAAGAACUACAGCACAUGUUAGAUGAACAACAACAUCAGCACAAGUUAAAAGAGGAAGAGAAGUCAAAAGCAAUAGAGGUAAAAUCUUGUGGGGAAAUUAUAGCCUUUUUUGCUACUCAAGCGUAUGUAUUCUGUUUUACCAUGCCUCUAAAUCCUGCUUUCAGGAAACCAUAAGUAAGAUUUUAUUUAAUUUUUGUUUGUUUUAAAAAAUGCAGCAGGGAAGGCCUUUUAAUAAAUGAAUGUAUUCUACAUCAGGGGUGGGAACCUUUUGCUUCCAGGAUUGACCUCACAAGUCAAAUAUGACAGGUGGGCAAUCCCAGACACCUGUCAUUCACCUCUCAUACUGAUUUGCAUGUCUCAGCCCUCCGCCUUUAAACUCCAGUGUUGGAGGUUGAAAAAGGGAGGGCAGGGAUCUUUGCAAAGGGCUUAAGGUAGCCUCCAGAGGACUGUCUUAAAGCCCUUUGGAAAAGUGGUCUUUGAAGCAGCUUUCUGUGUAUUGACAAAAUGUACUUUUUUCUGACUGACGGUCGAAUAAAAAGGAUGUUGAUGAUGAAGCAGCUUUCCCCCUGCUUCUGCUUAAACUUCGGGCUGAGUAAAGGAGUUCCUUCCCCCCUGCCUGAUCACUCAGAUGUUUAAAGGACAAGACUGUUUUUGCAAAGGACUUGCCCUUUGAUGCAGCUCUGCUUCUCCUUUAAGUAAGGCAGUAGCGAGAAUCCUUCACCACACCUGCUUGAAAGAAAAGUACACAAGGGGGCAGAAUUAAACCUUGUCCUUCCACUGCCUCACCAGUAACAUUGGUUGAUAAGUGGGUGGCAGUCAUGGCUAGUAACAUUUUAACUUUGUAGAGCUGCAAUGGGGGGGGCUGCAAUUUUUAAUUUUGCUGUUUUAUCAUAACAGGACUUGUACGAAACCUUUUUUUUUUUUUUUUUGGUGCCACAGUACAUGUGCAGAAAGUGCCACUGUCUCUACACACACACACAAAAUUAUUUUUUCUCUGCACUUGUAUGGACAGGGAAAGAGCUUCUGUGUAAGAGGGCCCAUGUAUGAUUUUCAAACAAGAUUGACCACAUACCUCUUUCUUCGAAAGUAAGCCAUACCACACAACAUAAGUUUCUGAAUUAGGGUAUUGAUUAUACCUAUACAUCUAUUGCCAAAAAACUGAACAAACACACAGAAACGUUUCAAAUGUGAAGAAAACUUGCUUCCAAUUGCAUGCAGUUUUCCUCCCCCAAAAUACCAAUUUAACUUUUAAUAAUCCAAAACAUAUUUUUCUCUAAAUUAAAAGUAUUCCAACUGAUGGACAACAAAUGAUGGCCAGGGCACAACAGAACAUGCAUAUUUGCAGUGCAUGGCUCAUUCCUGAAAAUGUGAGGUACCAUGCUAUUAUGCGAAUGCCAACAGAUAAUUAAUGCCAAGAAGAAUUGUCCAUGAUUCACAGUCUGGUCCUGGAGUUGAUAUAUACACAUUAUUUAAAAGGCUGUGGGUGACCUGCUGAGUUUGAGGCAUCAAGCUCCACCCUAGACAAAUAUGUGAAUUGUCGCUGGUCAAAUUACCAAUAAUUUAGUUAGAAUUAGCAAGUUGUGGGCUUCUGGUUCAGAAUCUGCUUUUUAAUUUUAAUUUACAAACUGGAAUUCCUCUGAGACAUUGAAAGUCUUGUGUAAUUGUAGUGAUAUUUCCCUUCUUCUGUACAGGAGUUGCAGGCUGCCUUGGAACUACAGUGCAUUCAAAACAACCAACUGUCUGUGGCUUUAGAGCAUGAACAGUCAGCAAACAGUAAUCUUCGUAAAGAACUUGAGAUUGAACAUUCUCGCUGUGAAGCAUUAUUGUCCCAAUAUAAAAAUAAACUCUUGGAACUGCAGAAAAGUGAAGAUGUUGAGAAGAAUCGCAGUUUAGAACUUUUAAGUGCUUUGAAACAUGAACGUAUUUUGACAGAACAGCUGAGCAUGAGAAUAAAUGAAUGUGGGUCUUGUAAGCAUAACGAUUCAUUGCAGGAACUGAAAGCUCAGUUGUACAAAGAGCGGUCCCAUGCCAGGAAUCUUUUAGCCAUAAUUGAGAAGACGCGGCAGCAAGUACUUGAUUCAAAGAAGCAAAUGGGUGAAAUGCAGAUGCCCUCUGAACAAGCUCCGAAAGAACAAGAGCUCCACACCACUUUACAGGCCGCACAGGCUGCUCUGCAAAGUCAAAAAGAGGACAUUAUCCAUGCCUUGAAGAUACAGACAGAGAAAGAUAUACAAAUGAGAAAGAAAUGGGAUCAGUUGCAGUCCAUUCUCAGAUUACUGAGGGAGCAGGAAAGAGGGACAGAACAAAGAAGAAGAGAAAUAAAGCAGGAACAACAAACAGAAUUUGGCAAACUGCAGGAACUACAGGAAGCUGGAGAAAGUCUGGUAAGAACAUGUGGUUUCUUUUUACUUUUUUCAGCCCUGGCUUGAAAAAGUUCAGAGGCCUUUUUACUUAUUUAUAGCCAUGGAUUUGUUACCUCAAUAGUCUGCCCUAUGAUACAAUAAAAACAUCACCACAAAGAUUAUUUUUUAUUUUUUUUACCAGUAUGCUUUCCUAAUUUGUAUUAUUCACAUUGGGUGUUUGUGGAGAAAGUUGCACCUUACUCAGCUUUGCAUAUCCCAGGAUAAAUGAGACACUGGUUUUACUAGGAUGCCUUCCCCCUUUUCAGAUUAUUUUAGCCUUUUAUACUUUGAAUGUAUAAAUGAGAGAACCUGAUAUGAGGGUUCAGGUGAGUUAAGGAUUUAUUUAAUAGUAAAGAGACAUAGAAAAGUGUGUUUCAGAGAACCAGUAGCGGCCCACAGGGAAGGAUAGCACUGUGGACCUGGUCUCCUGACACUGCCACAUAUCGGGGGGACAAGAAAGGUGUUGUGGGUGCCCUGGCAAAGCUAACCCAGUACUCUCACUGGUGCUCACUGCAGCACCACCCUUCCCACCAACCACUUCUGCAAAUAACAUUCCUCUCCCCCCCCCCCCCCCGCCCACUUCAUCUUGUUAGUAAUGGAUUUCAUGGCAUGGAAGAGCUUAGAUACUAACUUCUUCCUACAGCUUGUGAAUUAUUUCCUGUGUGCAUUGCAAAGUGCUACUUUAUUUUUAUAUAUUGCAAAUAGCUAUGCUUCUAUUCCCAUAGCAUGAGUUGGAAUUGCAACAUUGGCAGAACACUAGAAGAACAAAGGAUUUGCAACAGAUUCUAGAACACUUGGAGAAACAGGAAAGAUACCUUAAUUGUCAUAAAAAUCAAGAUGAACUUCCUCCAUGUCCUUCAAAAAAUCAUUACACCCACUUUACAACAGAUACAGUAAUGCUCCGUGUGGAGCAGCAGAAAUUAGAAAACAUCAGAGAACAGUUGCUCAUUGCUGCAGGUUAUCUUUCUGAGUUCAUAUAUAAAACUACAGAGCGGUGAGUAUUUUACAGGGAUCUUAAUUGAAACCAAUUUUGUAUUUCUCGUGUUUGAAAUACCUUAUCAAAACUGAGGGACCACCACAACUAUGAGACCUGGUUUCCAUAAUUUGUUACUAAUGUCUUAUCCAGUCCUAGUAAUUGGAAAUUUUCUCUGCACCAACUAGAAACAUUAGUUUCCUUGGAUAAAAUCCUAAAACUAUUACAUGUCAACAAGAUUCUUGACCCUAAGGCCCAUCUAAAACAGGCUUCCUCAGUCUCGGCCCUCCAGAUGUUUUGAGACUACAAUUCCCAUCAUCCCUGACCACUGGUCCUGCUAGCUAGGGAUCAUGGGAUUUGUAGGCCAAAAACAUCUGGAGGGCCGAGGCUGAGGAAGCCUGACCUGAACUAUUAUUACAUUUUAAAAAUUACAUUUUUCUGCUUUACCUUCAGUAAGGAAUAUGAAUACACUCACACACACAUACAUAUACACGUGCUCGUACCUGCACACGAUGCAAAGCAGCUCAAAGUUUGCACCUGCUGGUGCUGAUGUAACACUAAACAAUGGUCUGAAUCAGGCCUGAAUGUGGCAGUUCAUGACACUUUCAGGCCCCAGCUUACCAUAUAUGCUCAGUCUACAUGAACGUGGAAGGUAAGGUGUGCCUGAAAAAAGUGAUGCCUUCAUUACUUUCAUAAAAACGCAUUAGUACUUUUUUACUGGUGAAUGUUAUUCCUUAUACAGUUGGUGAAUUACUUCUGUUUUAUAUGCUGUCUUAAUGUCAAAUGGUUCAGGCUUCAUAUGUACAGAGGCAGAUCUGUUCCAUGGGACAGCAACGGAGUCUACAAUUACUUGGAUUAUUUCUUUUUUUCUACCCUUUAUUUAACAGAACAGUUAACUGGCCUCCUUCAAAUGAUGAAGCAGUUGCAGCCUUGUUGCAUAUAGUUGAGGAACUUAAAGCAGAGUUACUGGCCUCCUCCAAAUCUCCAGUAAGAGGGUUCAUUUUAUUUUAUUUUCAUAAGCCAUUGUUCAUACUUCAGUUAAUGCUUAUAAGCAAUUUUUUUUAAAAGAAAAAAAAGGCAGGUAACCCAUUUCACCUUUUGAGGGGGUUGAAGGAAGAGUUCAUCCUAAAUAUCUGUGAGCUAUUUUCCUAGCAGACAAGAGCUAUGCAGCAGCCAUGCUUGAUUCUAACUGCUCUAGCAACUUAAGAAGGAAAGCUCUGUCAUUCUUUUGACUGCUUCUCCUCAUUUUCCUAUCAGCAUCUCUCUAGUUUUGUCUUCCUGCCAGCUCAAGUAGAUGUCCUUGCUCCUUUUCUUUGUGCUUGCCUUUUGAGCUCUCUUUAACUUUCUCUUCUCUUUAUACCUUUUUACUUCAGUUCAGCUGUAUUCCUCUUUUUGCUUCCCCAAAAUCUCUCUCUUUACUCAUCCACUUUCCUAAAAAGAAAUCUCUGGGCCCCAUAAUUAAAGUAAAGAAACCAGCGGCUCCUCACAAGAAGAGCCGAUGUAUUUAAUGUAAGGCAGCAAAGGCCACAGCCAAAGAAAACAGCCACAGAAUCAACUCUGCUACAAUGGGCGCAUCCCCUGGUGGACACAACACUGAGUGAGCCAACAGGCAAUGCAGAUCUUCUUCAAACAAAAAUGGUUUGUGUUUUAGAGCCGUAGUGGAGAGGGAGUGCCUCAAAAGGAACCGUAUUCCUCCUUUCUUACCAUCAUACAGGAAUGUAUUUCAGAAGUGGAGGGAAUUACUAAAUUAGUGGCUGCCAGAGCCCUCAGCAGACCACAUGAUGCUCUUAAUGCUCCCCUAGAAAGACUGCACUUUUAUGCACCAGUUGAGAAUUUCAGGUGGCUUUCAUCCACCUUGGUGGCUCUGGAUCCAGUUAUCAAUUCAAGUAACCCCAGGCAUCGAAUCCAGUACACAGCGCUCAAUCCUCAAGAAAAAACAAAAGUCGAGACCCUGUAAGAGACGCUCUCCUUCUCCCUACUCUUUGCCGUCAGAAUCAUGACCCACAUACCAAAGCCAAAAAGGUACACAGAAAACAUGAAAACAACCAAAGGCCAGAUUUCCAGACCUCUCCUCAAAUCAAACUCUGCCUAGACUCCCUGGCAUGUGGGGCCUUAUCUGCUCCUCAGACUGCAUUCAGGGAGAGCCUUCCAUUUUUUAAUCUGAUGCCAGUGGGGAUCUGAAGAAGGAAAAUGCGCAAUGGAGCAGCACAUCAGACCAGGAUAUGGGGGUCGAGGUCCCUGAACUUCAUUUUGUAAAAAGAAUUUACCUGCCCCCCGCAAGGCUGCAGGACUUUGCCGGACUUGUGACUCGUCGCCACGGAAGAUGGCUGAAAUUCCAUCGUCUCCAUUUUGCACGGGCAAUUAGAGGCUGAUAUGAGAGUAAUCAGCCUCCCAAAUUCCUCCAGGGCCAGUCACCCAACACCUGGCCCCAAAUCUGGAGGGAAUAAGGGGCUGGGGAGCACUAGAUGGAAAGCCUCCAUGCAAUUCUGGCACUCUCCGAAGCUGUCUCCGCGAGCAACAAAUCUCCAUUUCUUAAGAUGAAAAAUUGGAUUUAAAUAAUGGGCAUGCUUUGAGUGAAGAGGGAGGAUUUUUUCUGCUAAUUAAUUCAGCCUCUGAAGAUUUAGAAGACUCAGUUGGAAAAGGGACUAUCAGCUGAGAUGCCGGUUUGACAGAACGGAAAGUGGGGGGGUGAACCUUUAUUUACUUUCCUUCGAUAUUUGCCUAUAUGAUUACAUUUGGCAAAUCCCCUCUGGAAGGAACAACUGCUGGACUUACUAAAGCAAGUGAGACUAAAAAUUUUGCAUUUGUUGAUAUAAUAAGGUUUUAAUAACUCUAAUAAUUACUAACUGUGUGGAAGUGACUGGGGGAAAAGGAAAAUCAAGGCUUUCAACUCUUGGUUUCCUGGAAGAAGAUCAAAAGACUCCCCUGGAGUAGAAGAGACAUCUCAUUAACAACUGGGGAAAUGCCAAAGAACUUUGGAUAUCUGCUUGGGAGGUUUCUGACGCAGUAUUAAUUUAACAAGGAGCCAGGAGUGAAACCGAAAGUAGACUGACCAGCUAGCUGAAUCAAAUUAUAUUGCUAAGGAAAGGGGGGGGGACCUAUAACAUUUUACUCCUCGAUAUUUGUACUUCCAGUUUACUUGGUAACCCCCCUCCCCGGGAAAAGCUAAUGUUUGAAUAGCAGCUGGUUAAGGAACAACAUUGGGCAGACGCCAUGAUUUGAUUUUAUCUGGACUGUGUGUCGAUAUGUCGAUAUGGCAGCUACCUGCAGUGGAAGGCUUCUGGACUGAUUCGGCAGAAACACCAGUUUGUGACGAGAGGAUGUGAAUUUACAGAGGGGAAUCUUGGAUUACAGAUUUGGACUAUAAAGAAGAAGAGUAAGACAUAAAAUCCACACAGAAACAUUUUAUUUGGACUUAAACUCACUUGCAGAAUGAACACAGAGGAAAAUAAUGAAGGAUUAACAUCACAAUGUAUUAAGGGAAUUAUUGUAAUAUUUUGAAAUGCAGCAGAACUAUGAGAGGAUUAGGAUUCCCUCCGAUCUCGAAGCAUGGGAAGUCAGCUAAAAAAUAAUAAUAAUUUAUAAUUAGGCAUAAUAUUGGGAUUUGCUUGACUAUUGGAUAAUUCGUAUAAUUUGGAAUAUAUAAUUUGGUUUCAUUGGGGUGGUGGGGGGAGACUUUGCCCAGGUCAGCAACAGCCUAAGGUACAUGGGUAACACAGACAGUUUUCCAGAGACUUCUCCUUCUUGCUCACUGAUGUGGUUUACCCCAUCCCUCUUCCCUAGUCACAAGGGAAAGCACACAAGCUGUAUCAGGCCAUUAUAUUUAAAUGUUGCUGAAUUUCAUUGCCUAUAUUGUAUUGAAUUUUGAAGUUUUGAACCAGUCUUUAAAUGUCAUGCUUAGAUCAAACCUACAUGUGUUAUUAACUCCAUGCAAGAAUCGGAAGGGACUACUUAUCAGGAGGAGAGACCUAUUUUGCACAAUGGCUUGCGAACAACAGAGCAUGAAGAAACAAAAACUAAUUUUGUGGCAGAAAACAAGUCAGCGAUGUCAUCUUCCAAUCUGAAGGUAAAAAUUUCUCUGCAUAUGAGCUGUUCUUCCUUUGAGCUGUUCUCGUGCAUAUCAACAGUAACAUACGAAGCAAAAUUUAGCUGGCAAUAGGAAGGGUGGGUAGGUGAGUAUAGUCCUCAGAGCAGGGGUUAAGGGAAUCUUGUGUUGAAAAUCUUGAACUCCCAAAAUGAGUAUUUAUUUAUUAAUAAAUGUACAGAUUACAACAUUUAAAUCCAUAUAAAACAUAAGAUGUUAAAAAUAUUUUUUAUUAAGAAACCGGAAGCAUUUCUUCUGGGUUUAAUCACAAACGAUAUUCCUAGCAACAACAAAAAAGUAUUUCUGUAUGCGACAACAGCUGCCAGGAUGCUUAUAGCAAAAAAUUGGAAGGGGGUGGAAAUCCCAUCAGUAAAAGAAUGGCAAAUUAAACUUUGUGAAUAUAUAGAUUUGGCAAAAUUAACGGCAGUCUUAAGGCGACAAUCAGAACAAAAAUUAAUAAAAGAAUGGGACUGCGUUAAAGAAUACAUGAAAAAACGUUGUUCUGGAGUAAAAAUAAGGGUAUGUAAUGAGUGAAGUUCUGCAGGGUCAAAGAAAUGAAGAAAUGGUUGUAAUAGGUAUAAAGCUAGAAGCAAUAUAAAUAUAACACAACAAUUAAGAAAAUUGAAAAUUUGAAGUCCCAAAACAGUGGAAGGAAGUCAAAGUCUAUGUAUGUUUUGUUAUGUAUUGUGAAUGUUAUGGUUAUGGUUUUUCUUUGUUUUUUUCUUUUUCCUUUUUGGUUUUAUAUGUAUAAUUUAUGUUGUAAUUUUGCUGUAAUUCAAUUUAUUUUAUUGAAAAAUAAAAACAAAAAACAUAAGCAACAUAAAUCAGUCAUAAUAAUAGUAAUAAAGAUACUUCAGUUCAAUAUGUCACAGCCAGCCAUAUAUAAAACUAAAAACUCCUGCCUAUUGAGCCCCCUCAUUAAAAACAAUCCUCAGCCAGUCUCAGUGCCACUGAAGGGGAGGCUUUUGAUCAUAUAUCUCCAGAGAGGAUGAUCCCUACCUAUGGGGCCCCUCCGAAAACUGUGCCCUCUCUUUCUGAAGGGCACACAAGCAGGGCCUCCAUUGCACAGUCCUAUGACCAGCUUCUAUGAGGGAGGGGCCCCAAACAAUUAAAGGCUUUAAAGUUACUGCUAGCACUUUGAGUUGGCCUAGAAGCCAGUGCAACAGAUGCAGAAUAGGUAUAAUGUAGACUGAGCAUUUAGCCACCGUCAGCACCUAGGCUGCUGCAUUCUUCAUCUGCUGAAGCUACUAAAGGAGAUUCCGACUCAACAUCAGGAAGAACUUUCUGAUGGUAAGAGCUGUUCAACAGUGGGACGGUCUCCCUCAGAAGUUGGUAGACUUCUGCCUUGGAGGUUUCUCAGCAGAGGUUGGAUGGCCAUCUGUCAUGGAUGCUUCAGUUGAGAUUCCCUUGGGUCCCUUCCAACUCUGCAAUUCUUUGAUUCUAUGAAGUAGUUUACAAAGGCGGACCCACAUAGAAUGCAUUGCAAUAGCGCACUCUGGAUAUGAUAAGGUCAUGGAUUACUGCAGAGAUUUGUUAUGCACAGAUAGGAUUGCAGCUGGUGCAUCACCCCAAACUGAUAAAAUCCCAAAUCUUCCCAAACUGAGAAAUGGCAAACUUGAUGAAGAAUUAGCUGUUUUUCCAAUAAAGCUGAGUUCUGGCUGAUCAGACCAGGGUGAGGAUUGUGUAAAGUGUUAUUAAAACAUUGAGGCACUCAAGGGGGAAGAGGAACCAUUAAUGAAUUAGGCUGCAAGCAUUCAUUCAUACUCACACAUGACCUGUAAACAUUUAACUGCUAAGAGCACAUAGGCCAGAGCUUUCCAAACUUUUCAUGUUGGUGACACGUUUCGCGACACAGUAAUUCAGUUUUCCUAGCAAACCGGAGGUAAAACCAACGCCUUUCCAGUCCUGGGAGGAGAGCGGGGAGCGUUUGUGCAACACACAAUUUGGAAAGCUCUCAGCCAUAGACAAAUGGAUUGCAGGGAAAUAUUGUUGAGGUAGGUACUGUUUGUAAUCGGUUUCUGUAAGCUCAAUGUUCUUCUCUCUUUAAAAUUUAGAUGCAAAAGUUAUACAGGAAGUAUUUGAGAGCUGAGAGCUUUAGGAAAGCUCUGGUUUAUCAGAAAAAAUACCUUCUGCUGCUUCUGGGUGGAUUCCAAGAAUGCGAGCAAGCAACCCUGUCCCUCAUAGCGCGCAUGGGCAUCUAUCCUUCUCCUGAUCUGACCAUCUCUGAAUUACGGAGCCGUUCGUUUACAAAGUUCAGGUCUGCCAUUAGAGUGGUGAUUGCAAUAUCAAGGUAACCAAACACUUUUCUUCAAAUAUCACCAAAUUGUUCCCUAUUUCUACAUUUCACUACAUGUUAUCAUCUAUUUUUUCUUUUUAAAGAGGAAUAAAAAGUCCCCACUGAAUCAAAAGAAUUUAAAUCCUCACUCAGUUGGCAAGCCAUGUGUCCUAAUGGAAGUGAAGAUGGCAUACCUGAAGCAACCGGGGCAUCUGCCAGUCAAAGUGCCUUGUGAAGUGUUUUUAUUGAAUGGGGGGUGUAUGGGUAGGGAAAGAAGAAAAUAAGGUUUUAUCAGUUUGAUUUUUUAAAGACUUUAUCCCAGAUUUUCCAGGGUUUAUUCCCCAGGGCCUUCACAUUUGUUACCUGCUAUCCACUUUGGCCUGGCAGUGGGCACUUGCUGAGGUGGGUGGAAAGAACAAAAGAAGUCAACCCGUUUUCUCAGCUGUUUCAUGCCCACUAGCCAUGUAGAGCUGGCAGUGGGCACUGAACCAGGGGUGGACUUUGGUAACCUUUGGCAGUACAGCACACUGAGUGAGGCCAAAAUGAAUCUUCUAAGUGAUGGAUCUUCUCAGUUUUGUGCCCCUUCGGCUCAGCCUUCUAAAUCCACCCGCACUGCCCCCCCACUGUAUAUGACAGGGGAGGUAUGUUGUCUGUCUGCCUGCCUGUUUGUUUGUUUGUUUGUUUGUUUGUUUGGCAAACUUGAUAUGCUGCUUGAUAGUUUACAAAAAUCUGCAUGUGUGGCCUGUGAAAUGUAGAAAUGCCCUUGGAUUGGGGGGGGGAGAUGUAUGUGGUGGGAGGGGCGUGUGACCACCUUGUAUGUUUUUCCUGGAAUUUUCACAGUAAGUGUGGUGGGUGGCAUUUGUACAGAUUUGUGACAUCUUGCAAGUACUAUGGAAACUAUUUUGCACACUGAUCCAUGUCUUUUUGCCUCAAGGUUAAAGUUUCUGGUGAAAAAAUGGCACAAAGUUGGCAGGAAAGAGAUGCCGUCGGAAUCUGUUUCUCCAAGCGUUAGACACAAUUCAUGUGAGAACUCCAGAAGAAUCCUGUGGAUUGAUUACAAGUUAUUAUUAGUAUAUAUCUAUUUGUGCAGAAGUGAACAACUAAACUCCUAUCAUAAUUGUGUAUACUUGUGUUCCUCUUAUUUCUGAGUAACCUAUUAGGCCACAUAUCUUUCGAAAAGUAUAGCUGCUUCCCUCUUGUGCAAGCAGCCACACAAACUAAGGGAAAUCUCUCGAUUCUGGAUAUAUGGAUGGUGAUGCGGAAAGCAGGAGUUGGGAAGCCAUAGAGAAUGCUCAGGACUUAAGUUUGCUCUUGUAGCAACUCAUAGUUAAUAGGCUUUUAAAUGUUUGACUGACUGCUGCAGUAUUGAUGCACGGCUUAUACAGUAAAAAAAAUUUCUGUAGGCUAUAUCUUACUUUUCAAAUGCACACGUUCCUUCCUUCCUGCAUUAUAAAAUUGUCUUCAUUGACCAUAGGUUCAGGUCUAAAUGAAUCACUGUAUACUGUUCAAUGUAGGUACCAGGGCUAGAAUCGAGGUGCUAAAGCAGCACGAGGUGUUCCCAGGUGAUGGAACUCAGGAAGCGAGACACAGCAGCAGGAGCAAUCUCUUGAGUCUUGGGAACUCCUCACCUAAACCACCACAGCAGCUGCAUAACAGGUUGGUGUAGAAUUUGUUUCAAAUGUGGGUGUCAUCCAUGCUCUACUUUUUUCUAACUAAUGUACCAUUCUGAAUCAUUCUAUAAAUAAAAACUGCAUUUAAGGCUUGAAUGAUUUAUGACAGAAGCAGGGAAUUUGUGGUCCUCCAACUGUUGCGGCAUGGCUGAUGGUUAGAAAUGAUGGGGGUUGUGAUCCAACAGCACCUGGAAGACCACAAGGGGCCAAUCCAAAGCUGUGAAUAUACUGCUCAGCUCCCUUUUAUAAUUAGAGUUGUACCUAUCCACAAAACUGAAAUAUUUUUUUUCUGUUUUUCGGUGGCAUAUUCGUUGCAAACAACGUUUAAUAUCUGCACUUCUUCCAAUUAUUGCUACACUUCAUGGUUUUAAAAAAAUCUAGUCUGUUGGUCAGACAAGGAAGUUUAAACUGAAUAUAGCUGCAUUUACUUUUUAGCAUGAAAACCAGGAUCUCCUUAAACAGGCUUUAAACUUCAUAUGAAAGCUGGAAAGCAGCUGGCGCCCCCCCGGGCUUCACAUGGAGGGGGUGUGAUAGUCAGGGCCUCCCAAGUCUGUCUGUACUAUGUUUUGCCCUUCAUGCUUAUGUCAGUGUGUUUGGCUACUUUAUGUACUGAGAAUUUUGUGUAUUGGGGAGGCUUAAUUAUUUUUAUAUUUAUGUCCUUACAGCACUUCUUCAGCUUCAUCUAAAGAUCCUGAACAUUCAUUAACUGAAUAUAUUGCUCACCUGGAGGCCAUUCAGCAGAGACUGGGAAUUAUUAUGCCAGGUAAGGUAGUUUUGAUGAAUUCUGAGGCAUGCAUUUGCCUUUCAGUCUUAAAGCAUGCCCAGCAACCCACAUGGAGACAGCCUUUUUUUGUUGCCAUGUCAAAAAAAUAAACAGAGAUGGCCCAAAAUACUUUCAAACAGGAAAUGAAAAUGUAUAACUUUAAAAAAAGAGAGGCUGAAAUGCUACGCACUUAUUUGGGAGUAAGCCAACCUAAACUCAGUAAACCUUACUUCAGAGUUAAAUGUGCAUCAUAUUGCAUUGCGCGUGUCCACAGCGCUAGCUCAAAACAUUGCUGCCUGAGACAAAAGAUCAAGUAGUGUCUCACCAUUCUUUUUUUUUUUUUAAUGGAUUAGGUGUUCAAUGCUAUAAACAUGACAGCAUCUUCCACUAUACCUGAGGCCAGCAGGCUAGUUUGGGGCAGAUCAAAUGCCCCUGCCUUACAGCACUUCCACUGCUCCCUUGUUCUGAAGCAGCUGCCUCCCUAUUGAGAGGGCUGCCUCUGCAUGUCUAACUUGCUCUUGUGUAGUUUUAUAUUUAUAUUUUAGAUCCUUUAAACUUAGCUGGGAGGGAGGGUGGAGCGAAGUGUCCACAGUUUCAGCAGCUCGUACCAGCACCAUAGCUUAGUUUAACUAUAUGAUUUAAAGUGGUGUUUGAAUUAACUUGAAUUUGUGUUAAUUUAGGACAAUCUCGACAAGAGAAACUUUGA